CGUCCGCACAGCCAUUCUUCGCUCGCAAUUUGCAAACGACCGACGUCUUGGUAGAGAUAUCGGGUAUGAUGACUUGAACUUCUGCUAAAUGAGCCAGUGGAAGGCAAACGAAACCCAAAAAGAGAUAAUAGUAGACUCUUUUAGCGCGUUGUGAUUUUUGUGUUUUUUGUGAUUUUCUUAAUUUUUCUUCGAUUUGUGUGAUUUUGUGGUGAAACGAGAUGAAUCGGCAGCAACAGCAAGGUUCCCAGACUCAACAGAGUCAGAGUCAAAUGCAACAGAGUCAGACCCAGCACACUCAAAGGAUGACUCGAACGGAACAACAUGUCACUCGGCAAGUUACCGGACAUAUAUCAGGUGGUCAAAUGACACAACAACAGAUUCAGCAGAUCCCCGGCUUUGGCCCUAACGCCCAACCACCCGUAUUCGAAAAGGUAUUCAGUAAUGCUCGAUUCGCGCAGGGAGGAACAGCGACGUUUGAAGGCCGAGUCACAGGAAAACCUCAACCCACCGUGACAUGGACAAGAAACGGGGCCCCUCUUCUUAGCUCCCAGAAACACCGAUUAACCUACAACGAACAAACUGGUGACAUUGUCUUCCAGAUCAACCAAAUAGGACCUGGAGAUGAAGGAGAGUACGUUUGUAACGCUAAGAACCAAUACGGAGCAGCUAUUUGUUCGGUAUAUAUUUCACCUGAAGGUAUGCAAAUGCCACAAAGGCAAGCCUUCUCGAAAUUUGAUCAAUCAACUAGUUAUUCGAAUGGAACCACCACCACUAUUACCGAAGACUUUAAAAUAGAUACUUUUGAAUAUAGAAUUUUAAGAGAAGUUUCCUUUAGGGAAUCUAUAACGAGAAGGACUAAUUACGAACAAGACUGUCAAAUUUCUACUACAGUCGAACGAUCUUUGGGACCCCCAGCACCACCUCAAUUUGCCCAAAAACCUCGAAAUUCCAAACUACUAGAGGGCUCUGAUGCUGUUUUUACGUCUAAGCUAUCAGCUAAUCCUAGACCUAGAAUCACGUGGUUCAAAAACGGCCAAAGGAUUACAGAUACUCAGAAAUACGAAACAACUUUCUCUAAUAAUCAAGCAUCUUUACGAGUUAAGCAAACUACUUCUGAUGAUUCUGGUCAUUACACUCUCCUUGCUGAAAAUCCUCAAGGUUGCGUAGUGUCAUCUGCGUAUUUAGCUAUAGAACCAGUCACCACCCAAGAGGGUCUUAUUCACGAAUCUACUUUCAAGCAACAACAAACAGAAAUUGAACAAACCGAUUCAAACAAGACUUUAGCUCCCAACUUUGUAAGAGUUUGCAACGAUAGAGAUGUUACUGAAGGUAAAAUGACUCGCUUUGACUGUAGAGUCACUGGCAGGCCAUAUCCUGAAGUGACAUGGUAUAUUAAUGGAAGACAAGUAGUAGACGACCAUAACCAUAAGAUAUUAGUCAACGAAUCCGGUAACCACGCCCUCAUGAUCACAACAGUUAGUAGAAACGACUCUGGUGUUGUAACCUGUGUUGCUAGAAACAAAACCGGAGAAACCUCCUUCCAAUGUAACCUCAAUGUCAUAGAACGGGAGCAAGUAGUAGCUCCCAAAUUCGUCGAAAGAUUCGCAACGGUAAACGUCGCCGAGGGAGAACCAGUGAGACUCCAUGCCAGAGCUGUGGGUACUCCUAUCCCAAGAAUCACUUGGCAGAAGGACGGUGUACCGCUAGUGAGUAGCCCCGAUGUUAGGAUAGCGAUUGACGGUGGAGCCACGACUUUGGAUAUUCCCAGGGCCAAAGCAUCUGAUGCUGCUUGGUACCAAUGUACUGCUCAAAACGUAGCUGGCUCCACCGCUACUCGUGCCCGACUAUUCGUCCAAACACCUCAAAGUACUACUCCAGAACCAAGACGCCUACAUCUACCCAGGCCUACGAAAGUCAUCGAACCUGAACCCGAACCUGGCCCAGAAGUAAUUUAUCUUCGUCACGUUGAACGAGCUCGUCCUCACGCACCACCAGGUGAAGAGGAUCGUGUGUAUCCUCCACCGCAAUUUAUCAUUCCUCUGAGGGACGCGGUUCAAUUUGAGGGAGGUAGAGUACAUUUCGAAGCUAGAAUAGAACCUGUUGGAGAUCCAACCAUGCGUGUAGAAUGGUUUUUGAAUGGAAAACCUUUAGCAGCUAGUUCUAGAACUACAUCAAUAUUCCGCUUUGGAUUUAUUGCUUUAGAUAUACUUAGCUUAAUAAUGAACGACAGCGGCGAAUAUGUAUGUCGUGUAACCAGUGCAACGGGAUGCGUCGAAUCCCGCGCUUUGCUUAGCAUUAACCCUAGAACUUCGAUUGAACAAAGUAGUCAGCACCCUGAUAGCUUACAAUAUAUCCAGCACUUAGAGGAUUAUUCUAAAUACCAAAGAACUGACAGUUUAGAAGAACGAUCGAACCAGAAGCCUCAUUUCAUCCGUCCACUCCAGGAUCUUGGAGAACUGCAAGAAGGUCGCAACGCUCAUUUCGAGGCUCAACUGACCCCUGUAAGUGAUCCAACGAUGAAAGUGGAGUGGUACAAAGAUGGCCGACCUAUCACCGCCAGUUCGCGAAUCACCACCAUCUUCAACUUCGGCUACGUUUCUCUCAACAUCAUGCACCUACGGGCCGAAGAUGCAGGAUCGUAUACUGUGCGAGCCGUUAACCAUUUAGGAGAAGCUAUCAGUACAGCUAGUAUUAGAGUUUACGCAAGAUCUUCAGUUACAGGCGAUUUGGGUAUUCCCGAACAGCAAAAGUACAUUGAAGAAGUCGAAAGACUCGAAGCAUAUCAACAACAGCAAAACCAAAAGUACAUUUUGGAGUCACCUGAAAGUACUCAGCCUCCUGUGUUCAAGACACCUAUUAAAGACCAGAAUGAGAUACGCGAAGGAGGUUUUGCUCACUUUGAAGCUCGCUUAGAACCAGUUGGAGACUCUACGUUGAAAGUCGAAUGGUUCAAAGACAACCGUCCUUUGGAAGCUAGUUCAAGAAUUACUAGCUUCUUCAAUUUUGGCUAUGUAGCACUGACAAUCAAAGAUGUUACCAUUCACGAUGUCGGCCACUACAUUUGCCGUGCGUCUAACGCUAUGGGACAGGCUACUACCACUGCACAACUUAGUGUAGUCAGUAAGAAAGAUAUUAGCUUUGAUUCACAACACCCAGGUGGUUUGGAGAAGAUCCAACAUCUGGAAGACUCUAGUCGAUUUAACCGAACUUCCAAAGAGGAAGUACAAGUUACACAAAAACCAAGGUUUUUGGGACCAUUAAAAGGAACAAACAAGAUCGUUGAAGGCCAACGGGGGCACUUUGAAGCCAGAGUGGAACCCCAAAGUGACAUUACACUUAAGAUUGAAUGGUACUUCAACGGCAAACCUAUUCAACCAGCUAACAGAAUACAGACAUAUCAUGACUUUGGAUACGUUGCUUUGGAUAUUUUGAGUGUAAGAGAAGAAGAUGCUGGAACCUACACAGUUGUUGCAAGAAAUGCUUUGGGAGAAGCCCAACUUUCAGCAAGCAUGGUUGUAGAAACACGUGCCAGCAUCGACACCAGAAGCAUGCACCGUGGUGCAUACGAUAAAACAAAACACAUAGAAGAAUCCAAAUUUGUCGAACCGCAAUAUCACAUCGAAGAGCUUUGCAAAUCUAAGCCAGUCUUCGUGGUACCUCUUUCUGAUCCACCACCAGUAUCAGAAGGAAAAAAUAUCCAUUUAGAGUGCCGUUUGGAACCUAUGGGUGAUCCUACUAUGAGGGUCGAAUGGUACUGUAACGGAAGACCAGUUACUGUCGGUUCACGAUUCAGAACAUACAACGAUUUUGGAUUCGUUGCUCUCGAUAUCAUCCACGCUAACGCUUCAGAUUCCGGAGAAUAUACUGUUCGUGCAGUUAACCAGUUAGGAUCUGCACAUACAUCAUCAUGCGUUAGAGUAAUUUCUAGAAAUGACAUUAUCACUGACACUCAACACGAGCAAUCUCUAGAACAAAUCCAACACUUGGAAGAUUCUUCACGUUAUCGUAAACAUAUAGCUGAAGACGUAACUGUAUUACAAGCCCCCCAAUUUACCAGAUCUCUCCACAACAUCGAAACCGUCGAAGGAACUAACGUUCAUAUGGAAUGCCGUCUUCAACCUGUUGGAGACCCAACUAUGAGAGUCGAGUGGUUUGUUAAUGGAGUACCAGUCAAAACUGGACAUCGUUUCAGACCUGCUUAUGAUUUCGACUACGUAGCACUUGACUUACUCAGUGUCUACCCAGUAGACUCUGGUGUUUAUACUUGCCAAGCAAGGAACCAGUUGGGAGAAGCAGUUACAUCGUGUUCGGUUAAAGUUAUCGCAAAGAAGGACUUAUUGUUCGAAAGUCAGCAUCCCGCCGGCCUUGAAAAAAUUCAGUACUUGGAGGAUUCCUCGAGGUACAAGAGAACUGAAUUUGUUGACGAACAAGUUACUGUCAAACCGAGGUUCAUUACAAAACCAAAGAACUUAGAAAGUAUGACAGAGGGAAAACAUGCUCAUUUUGAAUGUAAAAUUGAGCCUGUUACUGACCCAAAUCUUAAAGUAGAGUGGUACAAAAAUGGUCGUCCAGUCACUGUCGGACACAGAUUUAGACCAAUUCACGAUUUCGGUUAUGUAGCACUCGAUGUAGUAGAUUUGAUUUCAGAAGAUUCAGGAACUUACACUUGCAGAGCAACUAACUUAGUAGGUACUGACGAAGUUAACUGUGUCUUGCGUUGCAGACCAUCUGGCCAGAUCAUUACCUCGACUCAGAACGAAACUGGUCUUCAACAAAUACAACAUUUGGAAGACCGGUCUAGAUACCAAAGAAAGGAGCAAGUUGAAGAGCUUACUACUCAAGCUCCAAUAUUUACGACAUCUCUUAAAAACAUUGACAUUAAGGAAGGCCAAAGAGCCCACUUUGAAUGCAGACUAAUUCCAGUAUCUGACCCAACUAUGAGAGUAGAAUGGUUCCAUAACGGCAGACCUCUAAAAUCUGGUUCUAGAUUCACCGAAACCAACAAUUUCGGUUUUGUUGCUUUGGAUAUUCUCUACACUUACCCAGAAGACUCUGGUACUUAUACAUGUAGAGCCACUAAUGCUUUGGGUGAAGCCGUAACUUCAGCCGUUUGCAAUGUACAAACCAAAAAAUCGAUUUAUUUGGAAUCAGUCCAUGAAGGCGCCAUGGAACGCAUCACUGAGCUCGAAGAUUCUUCUAGGUACCAACGAAAGACCGUACAAGAAGAAACAGUUAGCCAAGCUCCUUGCUUUACAAUGCCAAUCAAAGACUUGAGAGUAGCAGAAAAUCAAGCAGCUCACUUUGAAGCAAGACUUAUUCCUGUUGGAGAUCCCCGAUUGAAAGUUGAAUGGCUACGCAAUGGAGUGCCAAUACAAGCCUCUAAUCGCUUGACAACCAUGCAUGACUUUGGAUAUGUAGCACUAAAUAUGAAGUAUGUCAAUCCAGAAGAUUCUAGUACAUAUACCUGCAGAGCCGUCAACGAUUUAGGUGAAGCAGUAACAUCAGCUACAUUGUUUGUUCAAUCCAAAGCAUCCCUUCAGCUCGAAUCCCAACACGAAGGUGCACUCAACAAACUUAGACAACUAGAAGACUCGAGCAGAUACCAACGUCGCGAGGAAGAAGAAAUAACUAUAACUUCAGCGCCUGUAUUUACGACCAAACUCAAUGGACCUGCAGAGCUAUUCGAAGGCCAGAGCGCCCAUUACGAAUGUCGUAUUGAACCAUACAUGGAUUCCAACCUGAAGGUUGAGUGGUUCCACAACGGCAAACCAUUAACGACUGGCCACAGAUUUAGAACUGCCUAUGACUUUGGUUUCGCCAGUCUUGACAUUCUUACUGCGUAUGCUGAAGAUUCUGGUGAAUAUACCUGCAGAGCUACCAACAGACUUGGACAAGCUACAUCUUCUGUUGUAACCACCGUAAAAUCAAAAUCUUCCAUCAUAAGAGAUACUCAACAUCAAGGAGCUCUUCAGAAGAUCCAACAUUUGGAAGAUGAUUCAAAAUACAAACGUGUGUCACAUGAAGAUGCUAUCGUUUUAGAAAAACCACAAUUUGGAAGAGGACUCAAGACCAUUGAAAAUCUUCCAGAAGGAGCAACGGCUCAUUUGGAAGCCACGCUUACACCAGUUAAUGAUCCAACAAUGAGAGUAGAAUGGUUCUGCAACGGACGACCCAUUCAAACUGGUCAUAGAUUCAAAACAACUUAUGACUUCGGUUAUGUAGCUCUAGAUAUUCUCUACGCUUAUGCCGAAGAUACUGGCACAUACAUGUGCAGAGCAAGAAAUGCUGUUGGUGAAGCUGUUACUACAGCUGGUAUUUCAGUGGUAGCUAAAUCUGGAUUAUACUUAGAUACUCUCGAUGAACAACGUCUUUCCAAGAUCAGACAGCUUGAGAGUUAUGAAAGACCCAAAAAGGAGGAAAUUGAAGCUGUUCCACAAAAACCAGUUUUCCUUACACCAUUAAUUAGUUUAGAAAAUCUUAAAGAAGGAGAACACGCUCAUUUGGAAUGUAGAGUAGAACCUGUUAAUGAUCCUAACUUGAAAAUUGAAUGGUACGUCAAUGGUGUUAAAUUACGUGCUGGUCAUAGGUUCAGAACAACUCACGACUUCGGAUAUGUAGCUCUUGAUGUCUUAUACACUUACGCUGAAGAUAGCGGAACAUACAUGUGCAAAGCUACUAACUUGGUUGGUGAAGCUGUUAACACCUGUACUAUCAAAUGCGGUAGCAGAAAGAGUAUUAUUUUCGAUACUCAACAUCCAGAAGGUCUUGAGAAGAUCAGGGAAUUGGAAGCACAAGGCCAUCAUGCACGCCUUGAAAUUGAAGAACCAGCUCCAACUCCUCCUAUGUUUGUUACUGAAUUAAGAGGAACGACCGAAAUUUACGAAGGCCAAACAGCUCACUUUGAAGCGCAGGUUCAGCCUAUCCACGAUCCUAACUUAAGAAUAGAAUUCUAUCACAAUGGAAAACCAUUACCAUCAGCUUCUAGAUUCCACAUUACAUUCGACUUUGGCUAUAUAGCUUUAGACAUUGGACACGCAGUUCCAGAAGAUGCUGGAGAAUACUCCGUGAAAGCUAUUAACAACUUAGGACAAUGCGUUUCUUCCAUAAAUCUGAAAGUUAUUGCAAAGAGCAAUAUCAUCCUCGAAUCACAAAGACCUGAAGGUUUGGACAAAAUAAGACAGCUUGAAGAACACCAACCUUACAAGCGACCAGAUAUAGAUGAACCUGUUACUAGACAGAGACCAGUAUUCACACAACCUCUUCAAAACAUUGACUUUAUCAAGGAGGGUCAAACAGCCCACUUUGAAUGCAGACUUAUUCCUGUUGGUGACCCAACUCUUAAAGUGGAGUGGUUCAGAAAUGAGAAACCACUGGAAGAUAGCUCUCGUAUUACCAAAAUACACGAUUUUGGUUUCGUUUCUUUGGAUAUUUCUCAUGUUAGAGCCGAAGACGAAGGCGUUUACAUUUGCAGAGCUACUAAUCCACUUGGAGAAGCUGUUACGACUGCAUCUAUGAAAAUUAGAACUGAAGCCAGCAUCCUAUUGGAAACCCAACAUCCCGAAGCUCAGAGAAGAAUUGCUCAGCUUGAACAACCCUUGGCUUCCAGGCCAGAUGAGCCUGAUCGUCUAUUCGAAAAACCAAUAUUUACACAACUCCUUACUGGACCAACUGAACUUUGGGAAGGCCAGCAUGCUCACUUUGAAGCUAGAGUCGUACCAGUUGGUGAUCCUGAUUUGAAAUUCGAGUGGUAUGUUAAUGGAGUAGAACUAAAACUUGGUUCAAGAUUUAAAGUAACCCACGACUUCGGAUUUGUUACAUUGGAUAUCAUGUCUACCGUUAAAGAGGAUUCAGGAGUAUACAUGUGUAAAGCUAUCAACAAAUCAGGCGAGGCUGUUUCUUCUAUAUCUAUGAAAGUUAAGCCUAAAUCCAGUAUUGUUGGUGAACCAUUGCAACCUGAUGCCUGGCAGAAGAUUCAACUUAAAGAAGCUGAAAUGAACAAAGUUCCUCAAAUGUUUGUUGACACUACACCACAACAACCACCAGUGUUUACUACCCACUUAAAGAGCUACGAUAAAUUAGUAGAAGGUCAACAUGUUUACCUUGAAGCUCAAGUAGAACCCAGAGCAGAUCCUAAUCUUCGUAUUGAAUGGUUCAAAAAUGGUAUCUCUCUUGCUACUGGUACCAGACUACGUAGUACUUUUGACUUUGGAUUGGUAACUCUAUCUAUCAACGGUUUGAGGGAAGAUGACUCUGCAAUCUAUACUUGCAAAGCAACUAACAAACUUGGAGAAGCAAUAUCUACAUGUUCUCUAAAGAUUGAAGACAGGCAUUGGUUGUUGGGACAAACUCUUCAUCCAGAUGCUAUACCUAAACUUGAAGCUCUUGAAAGACCAGCAGACGUUAAGAAAGAUACUCCUGAACCAGUGUAUGAACUACCUAUAUUUAUUACUCAUCUUAAUAAUGUAGAAUGCAUGGAAGGAGAUAAUGUUCACUUCGAAUGUAACGUAGAACCAUCUAAAGAUCCCACUCUUAAAAUUGAAUGGUUCGUUAAUGGCAAACCUUUGCCUACUGGUUCCAAAUAUAAGUCAACCUAUGACUUUGGAUAUGUUGCUUUAGAUAUCACCUAUGCUUAUGAGUCCGAUUCUGGAAUAUACACUUGCAAGGCCAGCAACAGCAAGGGAUCUGCAACAACUUCUGGAUCAUUACGUUGCAUUGCUAAACAAAAUAUAUAUCUAGAUACGCAACAUCCUCAAGGUAAAGCUGGUCUAGAGGCCAUCGAAGAUGUAGAAGAUGCAAUUGCUGGCAAAUACAGAAGACAACCUUCAGCUCCUGAAAAAGAUUACGGUAAACCAGUUUGGAUAAUACCACUCAAUCCCGAAUUCCAUUUAGCAGAAGGACAACCAUUGCAUUUGGAAGGUACCGUAGAACCAAAAGAAGAUCCUAACAUGAAGAUCGAAUGGUUCUUUAACGGAAAAUCUAUUGACCAUGGUAGCAGAUUCAAGUUUACUCAAGAGUUUGGUUUCGUAACAUUAGAUGUCACUGACGUAUAUGAAAGAGAUCAAGGUAUUUACACUUGUAAGGCUUCCAACAAAUCUGGAGAAGCUUUCACGUCUACAACAAUUUAUUGCACUAGUAAAUCAAAUCUCAUCGAAAGAACCCAACAUCCUAAAGGACAAGAGGGUCUUGAAAAGAUCCAAGAUUUGGAAGAUUCUCUUAACAGACCAGACCUACCACAAGCAGAAUCUGACGAAGGACACGCUCCUGUAUUCACUUCCGAAUUUACUCCUCUUAAUAAUGUUAAAGAGGGAGAAAUUGCUCACUUCGAAGCUGGUUUAACUCCAGUAGGUGACCAGACUAUGAAAGUAGAAUGGUUCUACAAUCGAAAGACCAUAGAAGCGUCCCACCGAUUCAGAACAGUACAUGCCUUUGGAAUGGUGGUAUUAGAAAUUCUUGGUACUAAGAUUGAAGAUUCUGGAACCUAUACCUGUGUUGCAACCAACAAAUGGGGAAGAGCUGAACAAAGCGUCACAUUAAAUUGUACAGAACGAACUGGUGGUCAACCACCCAAGUUUACUACUCACAUUAAAGAUAUUGUUGGUCUUAAAGAUGGACAAUCUGCUCAUUUCGAGUGUACUUUAAUACCAGUCAACGACCCAGAUCUUAAAGUUGAAUGGUACCACAACGGACAACCAAUUUUAGAUAAAAACAGAAUCAAAUCUGUGUCCGAUUUUGGUUUCGUUGUUAUGGAUAUCUCGUACAUUCAAAACCAUGAUUCAGGAGAAUAUGUGUGCAGAGCUUAUAACAAAUAUGGUGAAGACUUUACUAAAGCUACAAUUGCUGCUCACGGAAGAGGUGGAGUAUUUACAGACAGUCUUCAACCAGAAUCUUUGGCUAAGAUUAGAGAAUUAGAAAGCAUGCAAGGUCAACAUGCACAAGCACCAAGCACUCCGGUUACUGAACCUCCUAAAUUCAUCACACAGAUUCAAGACGUCACAAAACUUGUUGAAGGACAGAGCGCUCACUUUGAAGCCCGACUUACUCCAGUUACUGAUCCAGAUUUGGUAGUCGAAUGGUAUUAUAAUGGUAAAAAACUACCUCAUGGCCAUAGAUACCGCACCUUCCAUGAUUUCGGUAUUGUUAUUCUUGACAUUCUUUACUGUUACGAAGAAAACUCAGGAGAAUACGAAUGCAGAGCUUACAAUAAAUAUGGCCAGGACUCGACCAAAGCCAAUUUGAAAUGCGUAUCAAAGACGAAUUUAAUCCUGGACUCGCAACUCCCGCGGGGCAUGGAAGGUGGUCUAGAGAAAAUACAAACUCUAGAAGAUGCUAUGAUACGAACACGAGACGAAAAGGAAGACACAAGGGUUGGCAAAGCUCCCGUAUUCACUGUUCCUCUAUCAAACAUCGAUAGUCUCAGAGAAGGUGAAAACGCUCACUUUGAAGCCAGACUCAUACCAACCGACGAUCCCAAACUCAAAGUUGAAUGGUUCUGGAAUGGCAAACCUCUCAGAACUGGAUCAAGAUUCCGUACUUUCUGUGACUUUGGUUUUGUUAUUCUUGAAAUUUCGCCAGUUUAUCCAGAAGACUCAGGAGAAUACUCUUGCAGAGCUAUUAACGAAUAUGGUGAGGCUGUUACAACAGCAUCAAUGAAGGUAUCGGGUAAAAGAAGUAUUAUUCUCGAAUCUCAAUUACCUAAAGGUAUGGAGGGAACAAUUGAUAAGAUUGCUGAACUUGAAGGACUUGGUGUUGCUCCUUCUCAACUUACACCAGAUGACGAUACCGGCAGACCACCAGAAUUCAUCACAUCUCCUUCAGAUUUAAUAUUGAACGAAAAUGGACUCGCUCACUUCGAAUGCAGAUUAAUACCUGUUAAUGACCAAAGUAUGAGGGUUGAAUGGUUCCACAAUGGUAAACCAUUAUGGGCUGGUUCAAGAAUUAAGACAAUUAACGACUUUGGUUUCGUCAUAUUAGAAGUAUCGGGAGUUUACCAAAGAGACUCCGGUUUAUACACUUGCAAAGCAACAAACAGACAUGGAGAAGCUACUGUAUCUUGUCAAUUACAGGUUAAAGGCAGACAAGGAAUUAUAAUGGAACCACAAUUGCCUUCUAACUUCCGCACUGGUACCCAAAGCAUUCAAAAACUUGAAGAAAUGCUACACAAGAAAGAAGAGUUACUCACUGAAGAAGAACAACCUAAUCCACCCAGAUUUACAGUGGAAGUCAAGGAUAACAUUGAUGUACCAGAAGGUGGACCAAUUCAUUUUGAUUGUAGAGUUGAACCCGUAAAUGAUCCAACGAUGAGAAUUGACUGGUUCCAUAAUGGCAGACCAUUCGCUACUGGUUCCAGAGUCCAUCAAAUCAACGAUUUUGGCUUUAUUUCCUUGGAUAUUGACUAUUCGUAUUCCAGAGAUGCUGGUGAAUACAUAUGUAGAGCUUCUAACAAAUGGGGAACAGCUACCACUAAAGCUACUGUUACGUCAAAGACCAAGAAGAGUAUUGAUACUGAAAGUCAACUUCCUUCUGGAAUGAGCGCCGAGAAACUUAAGGAACUCGAAAAAGGUCCAGUUUCUCAAGCACCCGAAAAAGAAAAGACUUACUCUCCUCCCAGAUUUGUCACACAAAUUGAAUCUUCAACUGUUGAAGAAUCUGAAUCGGUUCACUUCGAAUGCACCGUUGAACCAAAAGAUGAUCCUAAGCUUAGGGUCGAGUGGUAUAGAAAUGGUAAAUUGUUACCUUCAGGACACCGUUACAGAACCGUUUUUGAUCUUGGAUUUGUUUCUCUUGAUAUCUUGUACGUUUACGCUGAAGAUUCGGGAGAAUAUGUAUGUAGAGCAGUCAAUGAUUAUGGAGAGGACUUUACCAAGGCCAGUGUGUCUUGUAAAAAACUUCCUAACAUUAUCCUACAGAACCAAGUACCAAAAGGAAUGAAGAAGUCUGAAACUCUCAUGCAAAUGGAAGCUGCUAUUAAGAAGUACACUUCCGAAAUCCAUCUUACAGAAGACGACUUGUAUGACGUGGAAAAGAGACAGCCUCCACGGUUUGUAACCCAAAUUAAAGAUCAAACUGAUUUGGUUGAGAUGCAGACCACUAAAUUUGAAUGUCAGUUGGCUCCUGUUGGUGAUCCAAACAUGAAAGUUGAAUGGUUCCUCAACGGAAAACCUCUACCACAUAAAAAUAGAUUUACACCAAUCUAUGACUUUGGUUACGUGGCUAUGAACUUUGGAUGGGUAUAUCCAGAAGACAGCGGUGAAUACUUGUGUAGAGCUACUAAUUUGUAUGGCAUGGAUGAAACUAGAGCCGUUAUCAAAACAACUGGUAAACCAGGCAUUAUCUACGACUCUCAGCUACCCAAAGGAAUGAAGAGUAUCGAAAAGAUUAGAGAACUUGAAGCUGCUUGGCAAGUGGUACCUGAAGAAGCAGUCGAAGACACUAAACCACGCCAAGCACCAGUGUUUGUCAGUAGACCUGAACCAGUUUCAGUAGAGGAAGGAGAAUGGGCGAGAUUCUGCUGCAGAGUUACAGGCCAUCCUCGUCCGCGUGUCAUGUGGCUUAUCAACGGACACACUGUUGUCAGCGGCUCCCGCUACAAGCUCACCUACGAUGGCAUGUACCACAUGGAUAUCCCAAAAACUCGCCAGUACGACACUGGUAAGGUAGAAGUGAUUGCUCGCAGCUCAGUGGGAGAGGCUAUCGCCGAAACUGAGCUCAAAAUUAUCCCCAGACACGAUGACUACAGAGGAGUUCUUAAGAAUUCGCCAAGACCUUGGUACGAUCUAGAACUAACUGAAUACCAAAAAGAACGCGCAGAAACCGAACUCGAACGAGUAUUCGACGAGCGAAAUACUGCCCUUAGAGAAGGUGGCGUGAACGUCACCGGCGAACACGUCCAACCCAAAGAAUUCAGAGAAACCGAGACGGAAUGGCAGCGCAGCGUGAAAGAUAAGAAGGGACAAGAGUAUUAUGAUAAGAUACAGGAACUUGAAAACCAACAGGUCUCCAAGGAGAUCAGACUUCGGGAAUCAUCCCACCAGUUCGCUAUUCCCGGAGAGAAGAUUCUUAGCAGUUCUAUGGCUAGAGGAAUGGCUCAGCAAUAUGAAGAAAAUCUUGAUGAAAAACCAAACUAUGACAUCAACUUAGCACCUGUUCCCCGACUACCAAAAGCGGAACAAGCCAAGCCUGUGCCACACAAAGACCAAGUACAGUUGAGAAAGACCGACAAAGGUCAGGAGUUCAUCCAGCACGAAGUAGACAUCGACUCUAAACAAGGAGCCUAUCCACCAGAUCCAACCGAAACUGGAGUACACGGUAGAGAAAUCCACGUUACUAAACAAAAACAGGUUCAAAAAGAACAAAAGGGAGAUCUAGAAAUUACUAGAAAUAUCACAGCUACUGAAACGACUGAUGUUGAACACAAAGCAAAGACCACAGAAAGAGUAGUCCAAGGCCAAGUACUACCAUCCAAUCCUCCAGUAUUUACCAAGAAGAUUAAGCCAGUAAGAGCGUUCGAAAAUGAUUCUGCCAAAUUUGAGGUUGAAUUUGAUGGUGAUCCGUUACCUAAAAUUACCUGGUUCAGGGAAGAUUUCCCCAUUACCAGUUCACCAGAUCUUAAAGUUUAUACCUUCAGUACUAAGUCCAUCCUUCAAAUGAGACAAGUGUUUAUGGAGGAUUCUGGUGUGUUCAGUGUGGUUGCUGAAAAUAGAGGAGGUACUGCUAAAUGCAGUGCCAACUUGGUAGUACAAGAAAGACGAAGACAUGGUACACGUGGUGCUGUUCCACCUAGCUUCACAGCCACAAUUCAAAGUACCAAAGCUAACGUAGGACAACUAGUAAGAUUCGAUGCUAAAAUAGACGGUACCAAACCUAUUGAUGUGUACUGGUUGAAAAACGGAAAGAAAAUUGUGUCUGAUAUAAGAUACAAAACUUUGGAAGAAGACGAAAUCUAUACUCUUCUCAUUAUUGAAGUUGUUCCAGAAGAUACCGGUAAAUAUGAAUGUGUCGCUAUCAACAACUCUGGAGAAGCUAGAUGUGAAGCUGAAUGUGUAGUUACUUCACCAUCUGCUGCCCAGAAACCCGCCAAACCCACAACUCCCGGUGCGGAAAAGGCUCCUGCCCUUCUAGAACCUCUCAAAGAUCAGACUAUUAAAGAAGGACAAGCUGUCGUGUUCAGAUGUAAGAUUUCAGCUAAACCAACUCCAGUUAUUAAGUGGCAAAAGGCUGAUAAGGUCAUCAAGCCAUCUAAAUACUUCCAAAUGACCAAAGAAGGGGACUUCUGCACAUUAAAGAUCUCAGAAGCUUUCCCUGAAGAUGAAGGAGUCUACAAAUGCGUCGCUGAAAAUCCUGCAGGCGCUGUUAGUACUCAAGCUAAGUUGAAGGUUAUUGCACCAGAAACGCAAGAAGUUGCACCAUCACUAACCCCAAUGAAAGACGUUACUGUACCUGAAGGUAGCCCUGCUCAAUUCAAGACUACUAUUUCUGGAAAACCUAAGCCCACCAUCCAAUGGUUGAGGGAGGGAUUCCUUAUUCCAGAAUCGCCAGAUUUCCAGAUGAUCCAAGAAGGAAACAACGCUAUUCUAUUGAUUUCCUCAACCUACGAAGAAGACACUGGCUUAUUCACCUGCAGAGCAACUUCAUCAGCCGGUCAAGUUGAACAAUCUGCGAAACUAACCGUAAAAAGACGAGUUGGAACGUACAGAAAAUCUGCCAAAACCGAUGUUACCGAUCGAGAUGAUCAACAAAUCAUUACUAAAGAUGGCUACACAACAGGAGGACCUGGAGUUACUCACCAGCAAGCUACACUCGGCUCAAAAGGUGGUCCUCAACAACCACUGGACGCAAACGAGCUCCCUGUAGGUGAUGAAUCAUUACCUUGGAGGCAAAAAGGAAUUCGUAAAACAUACCGAAAAGACUCAACAAGUUUACAGAAAAUAUUGGUGGAACAAAAAACGCAGGCUCAACCUUGGACUGAGGAACAGAUAGUUUUGAAGAAAACCAAAAUAGAAAGAAAAGAGAUACAAAGAGAAAAAUUAGAAGAUGUAACAUUAAAACCUUUAUUGCAGCCAUUUACCGAAACUGACGAUACAUCUCUAUUAUCCCUAUCAGAAAUUGAAAGGGAAAAAAUUAGUCAACAGGAAGCAUUAGUUAAGAAAGACUGGCGUAAAGAACGUAGACCUGAACAACAUUUGCAACAACACCUGGAAACUGAAGAUAGUACUACGCUGUCCUUAAGCGAACAUGAAAAAGUACAAGCCGAUCAAACGCUCACGCAACGAGACUGGAGACGUCAGAAACAAACUCUUGAAAGGAAAGUACACGAAGAAGACUCAACACUAUUAAAAUUAGACGAACGAACAACGGAAACGAGUCAACAAGAUACAGCAAUCAAAGAUUGGCGUAAACGCAGAGAUAGAGGAGACGAAAAAAUUAAAGAAGAUUUAAAAGAGGAAACUCAAACUCUGGAAACUGAAGAGAAAGUUCCACAGGAACCAGUUCCUUGGAAUCAGCAAGAAAUUACAUUAAAGAAAACACCUCGACAACGUAAGGAAGUUCAAAAAGAGACUUUGGAAGAAGUAACCCUUAAACCAUUCAGAAAAUCAUCUGCAACUAGUCAGACGGUUGAAGAAACAACUACUGUUACUACACAAAUAAAACCUGAUAAAGUACACACUGAAGAAUCAAGUCUGUUAAAGUUAACUGCAGCUGAAAGCAUUGAAGAAACUAAAAAACAAGAAACGAAGGGUUGGCGUAAACCUAGAGAAGAAAUUAAACCAGUGGAGAAACAGCUGGUUACUGAAGAUGCAACUAUCUUAAGAAUAGAUGAAAACCAGAACGUAGUAGAGGUGCAACAGGCUGAAUCUCGUGGUUGGAGGAAACCUAAGGAAGCAAAACCAAGCGAACAAUCAGAAGAAGAAAAGCCCAAAGUAGAUGAGCAAAAGCCUGAACCAGUGCCAUGGAAUAAAGAGCAAAUCACUCUUAAGAAAACUCAGAUUGCUAGAAAAGAACAAACCAAGGAAACCUUAGAACAAGUAGGCUUAAAACCAACGAGGAAAACAGUGCCAGAAGAGCACGUAGAAGACAAACAAAUUUUGACUCUUAAAGACAACGUAGAGGAGAAACAAGUUAAACAACCUGAAACACAACAAUGGAGAAAACCAAAACAACUUGAAGAAAAGCCUAUAAUAGAAGAUAAAGAUGUACUGACCGCCAAGGAAGAAACUAUGCCAGAACAACAAGUUCCAGGAGAGGAGCUUAUCCCCUGGAAUAAGCAAAAAAUUGAAUUAAAGAAAACUCGAAGGGAAGUAAAACAUAUACAGGAAGAUAAAAUUGAAGAAGUGCAACUGAAACCAACUCGAAAGAUUCAUACGGAAGAAGAAGAAAUUAUUACUGAAGAAAUCCAAGAUCAAGACGGUAAGCAGAAAAUCAUUAAAAAGAGUGUAAUUAAGGAUCAAAAACAUAUAGAAAAAGAUGAAACAAAAACAAUAGAAAGUUUAAAACCAGAUGAAGAAGUAACAGAAUCUUCAGAAGUAACUCAAGUAAUAUCUGAAACUAAAUCCUGGCGACAACCAAGAAAACAAAAACCCGAAGAAACAGAAGAUCAACCAGAAAAACCCAUUUAUAAAGUUAGAGAAGAAGAGAUUAUACUGCAGGAAGCGGAAGAGGAGAUAGUACCAUGGAAAAAUCGAGCUAUUGUUCUUAAGAAGACCAAAAUCGAGAGGAAAGAACAGAAAAAAGAUGAAGUGGAAAAAGUAGAACUUAAACCGUUUAAGAAACAACAUAUCGAAGAUGAAGAAUUCAUUAGUGUCGAUCAAGAGAAAGAACAAACAAGACCAGUAGAGGAACAGAAAGAGGAAAUUGUAGAAACACAAGUAGUUGAAACUAAAGGUUGGCGUAGACAAAGACAACCUCUUAAACCAGAAAUUAAGGACGAAAAGCCAGAAGCAGAGGGUGUAGAAGAUAAGCCCAGCCAAGUAUAUCAAGCAACAGAGGAAGACGUAAUUCCACAAAAGCCUAAAGAAGAGAUGAUUCCAUGGAACAAACAGGAGAUUGUAUUAAAAAGAACUAAGGUUGAAAGAAAGGAACAAGUGAAGGAAGAUAUAGAAAAGGUUGAAUUAAAGCCAUUUAAAAAGCAGCAUACUGAAGAAGAAACUCUAAUAGAGGAUAUCACAGACAAAGAUCAAGAAGAGACUGAAACAAUUAAACAAAAAGAAGCUAUUAGAAAAGUAAGAAAGGAGAGGAAACAUAAAGAAGAACACAUAGAAAAAGAAGAACAGGAAAAGCCUGAACAAAUCGCUAAAGAAGAAACCAUAAAAACUGACACUGCGAAAAUAGAAGAAGUACCUGAAACAAAAUCAUGGCGUAAACCAAAGCCACUAAAACCAGAAACUACAGAAGAAAAACCUGAAACUAGCCCACAAGAAAUUUAUGAGGCCAAAGAAGAGGAAACAGUUAUUCAAAAACCAAAAGAAGAAAUUAUUCCAUGGAAUAAACAAGAAAUUACUUUAAAACGAACUAAGGUAUCUAAGAAAGAGCAAGUUAAGGAAGAAAUAGAACAAGUAGAAUUAAAACCACAUAAGAAACAUGUAGAAGAAGAAUCAAUUGUAAAAGAUACUCCGGAAAAAGCAGAAGAAAAUAUAGAAAUAAUUACACAAAAACAAGUAAUUAAAAAGGUUAAAAAGGACAAGAAGGUUGAAGAGAGAGAUGUAAAAAUAGAAGAAGAAGAAAAACCGCAAUAUGUGGCGAAAGAAAUAGAUGUUAAACCUGAAGACUCAACAAUCGAAAAAGUUGAAGAAGUGAAACAAACUGAUACUAGAUCUUGGCGAAAACCAAAGAAACCAAUUCAACCAGAAGUUGAAGAACAAAAACCUGAAAGUGGCACUACCGAACAACCAAAGGAAGUUUAUGAGGUAACGGAAGAAGAUACCGUCUUCGAAAAGUCCAAAGAAGAAGUCAUUCCUUGGAAUAAGCAACAGAUUACACUAAAAAGAACAAAAAAAGAAAAGAAAGAACAAGUUAAGGAUGAGAUAGAAACUGUUGAAUUAAAACCGCAUAAAAAACAACACGUAGAAGAAGAAACUAUUAUAAAGGAUAUUAUUGAAGACAAAGAAGAAGACGUAAAAGUCAUUACAGACAAGAAGGUGAUUAAAAAGGUUAAGAAAGACAAAAAGUUCGAAGAGAAAGAUGUAAAAAUAGAAGAAGAAAAACCGCAAUAUGUAGCGAAAGAAGUAGAUGUUAAACCUGAAGAUUCAACAACCGAAACAGUGGAGGAAGUCAAGCAAACCGAUACUAGAUCUUGGCGAAAACCAAAGAAAUUAAUUCAACCAGAAGUUGAAGAACAAAAACCUGAAAGUGGCACUACCGAACAGCCAAAGGAAGUUUAUGAGGUAACGGAAGAAGAGACCGUCUUCGAAAAGUCCAAAGAAGAAGUUAUUCCUUGGAAUAAGCAACAGAUUACACUAAAAAGGACAAAGAAAGAAAAGAAAGAACAAGUUAAGGAUGAGAUAGAAACUGUUGAAUUAAAACCGCAUAAGAAACAACACGUAGAAGAAGAAACUAUUAUAAAGGAUGUUACUGAAGACAAAGAAGAGGUUGUGGAUGUCACUACAGGCAAGAAAGUGAUUAAAAAGGUUAAGAAAGACAAAAAGUUCGAAGAGAAAGAUAUAAAAAUAGAAGAAGAAGAAAAACCGCAAUAUCUAGCGAAAGAAGUAGAUGUUAAACCUGAAGAUUCAACAACCGAAACAGUUGAGGAAGUCAAGCAAACUGAUACUAGAUCUUGGCGAAAACCAAAGAAACCAAUUCAACCAGAAGUUGAAGAACAAAAACCUGAAAGUGGCACUACCGAACAACCAAAGGAAGUUUAUGAGGUAACGGAAGAAGAGACCGUCUUCGAAAAGUCCAAAGAAGAAGUCAUUCCUUGGAAUAAGCAACAGAUUACACUAAAAAGGACAAAGAAAGAAAAGAAAGAACAAGUUAAGGAUGAGAUAGAAACUGUUGAAUUAAAACCGCAUAAGAAACAACACGUAGAAGAAGAAACUAUUAUAAAAGAUAUUAUUGAAGACAAAGACGAGGAUGUAAAAGUCACUACAGACAAGAAAGUGAUUAAAAAGGUUAAGAAAGACAAAACGUUCGAAGAGAAAGAUGUAAAAAUAGAAGAAGAAGAAAAACCGCAAUAUGUAGCGAAAGAAGUAGAUGUUAAACCUGAAGAUUCAACAACCGAAACAGUUGAGGAAGUCAAGCAAACUGAUACUAGAUCUUGGCGAAAACCAAAGAAACCAAUUCAACCAGAAGUUGAAGAACAAAAACCUGAAAGUGGCACUACCGAACAGCCAAAGGAAGUUUAUGAGGUAACGGAAGAAGAGACCGUCUUCGAAAAGUCCAAAGAAGAAGUCAUUCCUUGGAAUAAGCAACAGAUUACACUAAAAAGAACAAAGAAAGAAAAGAAAGAACAAGUUAAGGAUGAGAUAGAAACUGUUGAAUUAAAACCGCAUAAGAAACAACACGUAGAAGAAGAAACUAUUAUAAAAGAUAUUAUUGAAGACAAAGACGAGGAUGUAAAAGUCACUACAGACAAGAAGGUGAUUAAAAAGGUUAAGAAAGACAAAAAAUUCGAAGAGAAAGACAUAAAAAUAGAAGAAGAAGAAAAAACCCAAUAUGUAGCGAAAGAACUAGAUGUUAAACCUGAAGAUUCAACAUUCGAAAAAGUUGAAGAAGUCAAACAACCGGAUACUAAAUCUUGGCGAAAACCAAAGAAACCAGUUCAACCAGAAAUUGAAGAACAAAAACCUGAAAGUGGCACUACCGAACAACCAAAGGAAGUUUAUGAGGUAACGGAAGAAGAGACCGUCUUCGAAAAGCCCAAAGAAGAAGUAAUUCCUUGGAAUAAGCAACAGAUUACACUAAAGAGAACAAAGAAAGAAAAGAAAGAACAAGUUAAGGAUGAGUUAGAAACUGUUGAAUUAAAAGCUAUCAAAAAACCUGAAGAAGAGGAAGUUGUCAAAGAAGAAGCAGUGAUAUUAGAAACACCCGAACAAGAAAUUGAAUCAGAAAAGGAAAAGGGCGUUAAAAAGGUUAAGAAAGAAAAGAAAGCUAAAGAUAAACGUGAUGAAACUAAGGAGAUCGAGAAACCAACAGAAAUAGCCGAAGAAGUUACACAUAAACCCGAGGAAGCAACAGUUGUGGAAAUACCAGAAUCAAAAGAAACUGAAACAAAACCUUGGCGCAAAUCUAAAAAGACAGAAACACACGAAGAAGUUGCUCCAGUAAAGCCAGAAAUAUCAGAAACCAAACCAUCAGAAAUUUAUCAAGUAAAAGAAGAAGAAUCUCUUUUGAAAGAGACACAAGAAGAAAUUAUUCCAUGGAAUAAAGAAGCGAUUAAACUAAAACGUACAAAAGUAGAUAGAAAAGAAGCUGUUAAAGAUGAAUUGGAAAAAGUUGAGCUUAAACCACUUAAGAAAAAACCUGUCGAAGAAAUUAUUAAGUCAUCUUCAUCAGAAGAAGAAAAGGAAGAGGAAUUAGAGCAACAAGUUGAUCAAAAGAUACGUAAAACCAAAGAGAAAAGAAGGAGAAAACCCAAGGCAGAAAAACCUAAGGCGGAAACAGUUGAGGUUCCCGAGAAAGAGGAAACGCAACCUGAGGAGAUAAAACCAGAAGAAAUUAAAUCUCCAGAAUCAAUCAUUAUCGAAACCGUUACUGAAGUUGAAGAUACCGUAGUCUUAAAAGUAGAUGACAAGGAAAAACCCAAACCAAAGACUCCUAAGAAAUUCCAAAAAGAAGAAAUUACACCUGAGGAAGUUAAACUGAAACCUGUUCAAAGGCGAGAAAUUCCAGAACAAAAGGAAGUAAGUGAAAUGGAUCAAAUUAGCCUGAAACCAAUACCUCACCAAGAGAUACACGUUGAAGAAAAACGUGAAAAGAAGGUAAAACCUAAGAAGCCAGUAAAAUAUGAGGAUAUGCCAGAAAUUGAAGAAGGAGAAAAAUAUGUUCCUGAAGUUGCUGAAAAAAUUGAGUUUGAAGAAAAACCAAAAGAGGUUACUGAAACACAACCUACACCUUGGCGUCGUCAAGAAAAACCAAAGAAAGAAGAGAUAGAAGAAGAAAAGAUUACAUUGAAGAUUGGAAAGGGUAAAAUACCAAAAGAAGAGGAAAUCAAAGAGGAAGUUACACUUAAACCUAUUAAAAAGACUCCAAAAGAAACUGAAGAUAUUUCUGAAGUAUCUCAACCAAAACAAAUACCAAAAUCUGACAUUCAGCCUAAAGAAUACGAGAAGAUAGAUUUUGAUGUUACUCCUAAAGUAACUGAGGAAAAACCACAAAUUGUAGAUAUGACACCAGUCACUAUAUCAGAAGAAAUUCGCGAAGCAGAACCUGUGCCAGAAGAGCCUAAAGCUCCUUGGAGGAGAACUCCAAAAGAAAAACCGGUAGAAACUGUAGAAACAAAAGAAAUGCCAAAGGGUAAAAGGAAGCCUCUUCCUGAAGAAGAAAAGGAAGAAAUCAAACUUAAGCCAAUCUCUAAAGAAAAACCAGAAGUUCCAGAGUAUAAAACAGAGGUAGAAGAAGUAAAGCGAGAAUCAGCAGAGGUUAUAGAAAUAAAGGAAUAUGAUGAUCAAAUUAAAAUACAACCAAUUGACAAGAAAACAAAGAAAGAUAAGAAAACACGGCCUAAACCAAAGGAAGAAGAUAAACCAGAAUUUACAGCCGAUGAAGAAACUAAGGAUUUCCAAACAACUACAGUCGAGGAAAUCUUAGAAGAAAAAAUACAGGAGUUGGUUCCUGAAAAGGCUAAGGAAGAAGUAAUUGAAGUUCCAGAAGAAACAAAAGUAGUUUCUGAAACUGAGAUUACACUAGUGGAAAAGAAAGCUCCUGUUAAACCAAAGGAAGUUGAAGAGAAGCAGCCAACAGAAGAGGCUGAACAGGUCACAUACCAAAAAGAUAUGACUGUUCAAAUUACGUCAAAGAAAGUCAAGAAGGAUAAACAGAAAACAGUUUCAUUUGACGACAGUCAACCAAUUCCAGAACUAGAAAUUAUAUCUCAAAAACGUAUCACCGAGAUAAUAGACAAAGUACCCGAAGAAACUGUGCGAGAUGAUGUAGAAGUGCAAGAAAAGACUGUUCAAAAGACUGUUACACAAAAAACAAUCGAAAAACGGGUCAAAAAGAAAACUAUCGCUCCUAGAUUUAUUCAAAGAGUUGAGCCUGUGGUUGCCGAAGAAGGCAAGCCAGCUACCAUAAUCUGUAAAGUGGAUGGAAGUCCAUUCCCUGAUAUUACAUGGUACAAAAACGAAAAAGUGUUCCAAGCCACCGAAAGAGCAUACGUUAAUAUUGUGGAAAAUACCGUCACCUUGGAAUUUGCUAAAGUUGAGCCUCAAGAUGUAGCCAUUUAUUCUUGCAAAGCAACGAAUUCAGCUGGUGCAGCCACAUCUACUGCCAAUCUUGUUAUCUUAGAAAAAGAAGAAACUGGGGAAGCUCCACACUUCGUCAAACCCUUACAACCUCAAAUAAUUGAAGAAACUGAGGUGGCCAAGCUGGAAUGUGUCGUUACAGGUCAACCAACGCCUAAAGUGUCUUGGUUCAAAGAAGGAAAACCUGUCAAACCAAGCCCAGAACAAAAAAUAUCCUUCAACCCUGAGACUGGUGUAUCUACAUUAGAAAUCCUGAAACCAACACCACUGGACGAGAAAGUUUACAGUGUAAAAGCUGAAAACAAAUUCGGUAAAGCAGAAUGUAGAGCUAAUUUGGUAAUAUCUAAAUCAGUAGUGGUUUCCCAACCAGUCGUGAUGUAUGCUCCAAAAAUAACAAAACCAGUGCAAGCAGUUUUAGCUAAACCAGAUGAAGAAAUUGUUCUAGAAGCAAGCUUCGAAGGAACACCAACACCUGAAAUUACUUGGUUAAGAAACGGCACUGAGAUUAAACCUACUAAAGACUAUAUUAUAGAAACAAAGGAAAAUACAACGAAAUUAACAAUAAAGAAGAAUUUGAAUAAGAAACAAAAAGGAGGAAAGUAUGAAGUGCGAGCUAAGAAUCCAAGAGGUGAAGCUAGAUCCUCUGGAUCAGUACAAGUGGUUGAGCAGCCUUACGACGCACAACCACCCAGGUUUGUUGAACUUAUUAAACCACAAAAAGCCACUUUAGGAGAUAUAAUAAUAUUAGAAGCUACAGUCGAAGCUAUUCCAGAAGCAACAUUCCAGUGGUUCCACGAGACCUUACCUCUAGAAACCUUAGAAACCAGUCGUAUCGUUACUAAAGGUAAUAAAUCAGUUUUAUUAAUAUCACAAGUGACUCCAGAACUUGCCGGAUCAAUCACUUGUAGAGCUGAGAACGUAGCAGGCUCAGUGACAUGUACUGCGUCGAUAAGAAUUAUUGAAGAGACUGAAUACGAAGAAACCAACGAAUUGGAAUAUCCCAGAUUCGUCAAACGACUAUCUCCUGUAAGAGUUAUGGAUGGCGAAAAGGUCGAGUUUAGUUGUGUAGUCAUCGGUAAGCCCGUUCCAAAGGUUGAAUGGUUCCACAAUAACAUUCCAGUUAAGGAAGCCAAAGAUGUUGUCAUUUAUCAAGACACCGAAGGUUUAUGUACGUUGGCCAUAACUGAAGUGUUCCCAGAAAAUGCUGGAGAAUACACUUGUGUUGCAGCUAAUCGAAUCGGUGAAGCUAUUUGCAAAUCCUCUUUGAUUGUAGAAGCUUAUGAGUAUGUUCCUGAUUCUGAAUUGGGCCACAUGACCGGUUCCGAAGAGGAUCUUUUGGCAGAUAAGACUAUAAGUGAGACUGAUUACUUCCCAUCAGACAGUGACGUAGAAUGUGCCCCCAAGAUUAUCAAGAAGUUGCCUCAGGUACUUACAGUGAAAGACGGAGAAGUUACCAAGUUUGAAGUCCAAGCAGUAGGAAAACCUAAACCAGAAGGUAAAUGGCUCAAACACGGCGAAGAAAUAAUCCCUUCGCACGAAUUCAUGAUAGAAAACUUCGAUGAUGGAACUUCAAUCUUAACCAUUUCAGAAGUUUAUCCUGAUGAUACUGGUGAUAUUGUGUACGAAGCUACAAAUCCACUUGGAGUCGCAGUAACAAGUUCUCAACUACUCGUCGAAAGCGUUGAAGGUAUUGUAGGUACCAAGGAGUACCGCAAGCCCGAAUGGGUGACCCACAUGGAAGAGCUGUCUGCAGCAUUAAAAGCUGCACAAAGUCCUCCAACAUUUAUACAUGAAAUUACAAAUAUUUUCACGACAGAAGCAGAAACUAUUAAAUUUGAAGCUUUCGUUUCUGGAACACCUCAACCAGAUGUGAUAUGGUAUCACAAUGACAAAAUAAUCCGUAACACUGACCGAGUCAAGGUUUUAAUUGAUGACCAAACAACUAGUGUGACAAUAACAGAUGUAACACCCGAAGAUGUUGGAACUUAUGUUUGUAAAGCUGUCAGCACGAUUGGCGAAGCCAUCACCAAAGCCAAUCUCAAUGUUCAAGAAAUACCAGAAUAUAAAAAGGAGGAGAUAAAAAUACGCAAAGCAAAGGAACAGGAAGAAAAGGUGAAGAAGGAACGAGUCACAAUCGAGAAGAAGAAGGAAGUAAGGAGACGUGUUACCACGAAGAUGACUGAAGAUCAAGAAUCUUUAGGCGUUACUGAAGUACAAGCAAUAGAAUCUACCAAAGAAAUUCCAGAAGCUGAUAAACCAGCUAAAGCUAAGCCUAUAUUAGACAUACAGGAACCACUUAAGACUGAAGCAAUAGCAACAGCUAAGAAGAUCGAUGAUUACACAGAAGAUAUACCCGAAGAAAAAGCAACUGAGUUACUUUCCCCAGCUGAGGCAACUUACGCCGAAGAAAUCCUUACGGAAGAGAUUAUAAAGGACAUCGAAAAGAUUCUUCCGAAGACCACCAAGGCAACAAGAACCACUCAGUCUGGAGUUACUGAAAUAGCGGACAUAACAGAAAUCAAUUUGGAACAAAUUAUAGAACGGUGCGAGAAAAUCAUUCGCAAGAGUGAGCUCAAAAUGGCCAAAGAAGUUAGUGAGAUGUUGAAGUUCAAGAGUCCAAAGCAGUUUGGACCUGGUGAAAAUCCUCUCAGGGAAAUCGCUGAAAUUGGUUACUUGCUGAAGAACGGAAUAACCGUGAAAGAGGUUACUGUUCUUUACGAUGAAGACAGAUUCCCAUCUCUAAAAUCACCCCAAGCGCAAUCUGCUAUGGUAAACGUAGUGGAACGUAAAGGGUAUGGACCUUUAGUAUCGGAAGUGCUAACUGAAGAGAGUACUGUAGAUGAAACCAAACUCGCAGCCACUGUAGGAUUUAGGGCUUUUAUGAAGAUGAUAGAAGCUAAUUAUGUUACUAUCGAAGAAGUUAUUACUAGUUUUACACCCCAAGAUUUUCUCCAAAGGCUAUGGGAAACAGCUGAAGUUACUGAGGUAACUUCCAAAUCAAUCACAGAAACUGUUACUUUUGGUGAAAAGAUCGAAAUUAUUGAAGAUUCCGGAAAGAUAAUACGAAAGGAAGUUAGAAAGAAAGGGGACAUCGAAGAAACCCUUGAAGUCGAGGAGGACAUUGAGAGAGUAAUAAAAGGAGGACGCCCCGAGAAGCAGCACUCCGUAGAAAUUACGGAGAUCACAGAAGAAGAGGAGAAACCAAGCAUCGAGGAAGUCAAGACUGAAGAAAAUGUUGAGGAAAAUCGAGAUAUUAAGAAAAAAGUUAUUAAAAAGAGACUUAAAAAGAAAGAUAGCGAAGAUGAAAAAGUUGUGAUCGAAGAAAUUAUUGAAAAAGAAAUCGAUGUUAAAGGAAAAGCGGCUAAAAUAAAAGAUCAGCAAAGAGAAGAGAAAGUAGAAAUAGAAAUAGAAGAAAUCGUCGACGAAACCAAAGACAUUAAAAAGAAGAUUACUAUGUAUAAACCAAGAACUAGUGAAUAUGACAUGGAAGAGGAAAAAAUACAAACACUCGAAGAAGAAGAAACCCCAAGACAAAAAGAAAUUCCAAUAAGUUCUUCUAAAAUUGUCCAAGAAGCUGUAACAGUAGGGGAAAUAGCUCAUUUGGAUGACAAAAUCAAUGCAUUGAAAGCAGACGUUGACAUUGUGCCCCACUCAGCAAUUAUUAAUAAAGAAAUUAUUAGUAAUGAGAGUGAAAAGGGUUAUGAAAAAAUAGCAGAUUUGUCUGCUACAGCUGUCCCUCUUAUCGAUAGCAACGAAGCUGUCCAAAUAUCAGAACAAAGUAUUCACGAUACUCCAGAACAUAUUGAAGGUAAAUUUCAACCUGUUGGUUCAAGUGCACGGGAAACCCUACAACCACAUGAAGGAAUCCAAGUCGAGCAAGUGACUUUAGGAGAUACUUCUGAUAAAUUUGAUGAGCAUUUUGUUCCCCAAAACAAAGCUGUCCUGUCCAUUCUUCCCCAAGAAGCUCAGACAGUUACAGAAACGCAAGUAUCUCAGAAGGAAAAACAUUUUGAAACUCCUGGCGCAGAAACAGCCAAACCUUUGGAGAUAAAUACUUCUGUUAUGUAUUCUGAAGCUGUAUCCACAAGUGAAGUGGCUCAAACUAAUGAAAAAGUUGAGCAUUUACAAGCUACUAUGGAUCUGUUACCACUGAAUGCAAUUCAAGAACAAACUGUACUAGCAGAAGAAAAAGAAAGAUCUGGUAAAGAUUUCCAGCCAAACGCAUCAGUUGCUACUCAAGCAAUAGACAGCGUAGAAGCGUUUGAAAUUACAGAAACAACUAUUCAAAACACAACUCAAGAUUACACUACUGAACAAAAACCUUCCAUGUCAACUGCUUCGUCUGAAAUUAUUUCUAAGGAAGGAAUUUUGGUACAAGAACACCAUUUAGGAGAUGUACCAAGUGACUUACAAACAGCGGAAACUAUGAAAGAGUCAGCCAACGUUGGAAUAAUACCUCAAGAGGCUAAAUAUGUAUCUGAUGUACAGGUGUCUCAAAAAGAAGUAGAUCUUGAUGAGUAUUCUAAACCAAAAGGAGUUUAUGCUGAAACUGCAUUUUCGACUAAAGAAAGUAUAACUGUAGAGGAAGUCCAACAAGGUAUGGCAGAAGAAGGUUUAUCUUUGCCUAAACCAACUGGCGUUAAACCAAAAUAUAACAUUGACGUCAGAGAGCCUUUGACAAUAGAAGAAGUUUUGGCUGAAGAUAAACCCGGUAAACAUCUUCCAGAAGCUUUCGUAGCAACUGAAAUUGCUGCUCAAACGAUCAUUCCACAAAAAUCACUAUCUCAACAUCAAACCGUGGCUCCUGAAUUGGAAGGAGAGUAUAUACCUGGCAGAUUACCCCCUGCUCAAACAGCUCUAUUGAAUGUUUCCAGUGAAGAAGGAGUAAUUGUUUCACAAACUGAAAUAUCAGAGAAAGAAAAAGAAUUAGACAAAUUUAAACCAGAAGAAAGUGUACAAGCACUAGAGAAUAUCAUUCUUUCAGAAGGAGUAACAGUAAGUGUGACAGAUUCGCAACAACCACAAAGAGAUCUUACUGUUGAAGAAUUUAAUUAUCAAAAGAGUACUGUAGAGAUUUCUCCGCUAGAGUCAAUUGUAUCGCAAACCACUUUCUAUAAUGAAAGUGAAAAUAAAUAUGAAGGAGAACAACCUGCAGGUAAAACUGCCGAUUCUUCAUUCAGUUUAAUAGAAACUACCAGCAAAACGGUUACAACUGUUCACGAAUCUGAAGCUGAAUUACCAACAGAAUCUAAACCAACGAAAAUACAGGCAGAACAAUAUAUUUCUCCAAAUCAACCUCUAAAUAUUGAAGAAGUAGAAACAAGCGAAUUGCCUGAUACAUUUAAAGACUAUCCUAAGUUCACCACAGAUGUAGCUUUAGUUGAUAUUGAAACCAGCGAAGCUACUAAAAUUACAGAAGCUAAUAUAAUUGAAUCUGAGGCUCUAUAUGAAACUUCUCCAAAAGAAAGUUUUACUGUGGAAGCUUCCUUAACAUCACCACAUCAACAAGUUGAAGUUACAGAAUCUCAAUCUUUAGAAAGUGAGAAAGAACUAAGUAAAUUCGAAUUACCAGAUUCUCAUCAUGUCAAACAAGUCCCAACAAAUCUUCUACCGACAGGAAUAACAGAAGAAACAAUAACAGAUGAUAGUAUCGACAUUCUGAAGGCUCUUAAAACUGAUGAAGGCCGAGCAGAAUGUAUUCAAGCUUUACAUAAAGAAGUUGUUAUUUCUGAAGCAGUUGCUUCUGAAGAUAUAGAAGCCAUAAAAUCAGUUGAUACUGAUUCUAAGCAAGCCUUACAAACUCUUUUGCCAAAUGAGGCUAUAAAUAUAACUGAAGUAAGAGUGGAAGAUAGUGAAAAACAAUAUUUGCCAGAAGAACUACCAGCUGGUGUUCAAGCUUCACUUGAUAUUUCUUUCCAACAAGUUGCUAGUCAUCUGAUAACGGAGACUCACGAAUUACCAAGUGAUUUAAAGAUCGUUGAAUCUCUGCCAGCUACAGCUAAUACAGAACAAGAGAGUUUAAGUACUUUGCAAGUUACUGAGUACGAGACGGCAGAAAAAGAAAAGGAAUAUGUCGAAACUAAACCAGAAACUAAAAAUAUUACUGUUGACUUAACAGAAUUGCUUACAGGAGCCAAUGUAUCACAGGUUCUACUAAAUGAAAAAGAAGAAUUAUGUGAUGAACAACCAAAGCCGUUACAAGUUUUAGCUUCUAAAGCGUUGGAGCUUCAAGAAGUAAUUGUAACUUCAGAAAUAGAAAGUGUCGUCCAUGCUGACUUUAUAGAAGACGAAGAAAUUCCAACAGGUCGCGCUAAAAAAUACACUAAACCCUUCACUGAGCUCAUAGUUACAGAAACUAACAUAACAGAUGUGGAAAAAGUAUUUGCCCCUGAUAUGUUACCUUACUCAAAGCAGGCCAAUGUAGAUAUUUUGCCAGGACAAGCGAUAUCUGUCACUGAAACAAUAGUGGACCAGAAAGAAAGCGAUUUAAAAAUUCCCGAAGUUGAAUCAUCUUCGGCUCUUGUUAAUUUUGACGAACAGAAAUUAGCAGUUAAAGAAGAAUUGUUCACAGGAGUUGAACCAGGUCUUUUAAAACAAGAAACACCAGAGUCUGUUAUUGCAGCUACUACUCAGGAUUUAGCAGUUUCUUUGAUACAAACGGAAAUUACAAUUGGAGAGAAAGAAAGUGACAAGCUUCACGAUAUCGUACCUGAUAAGAAACAUGCACAUGUAGAAAUUUCAGAAACGACAAGUGUGAAUGUUACAGAGGUUACAGCAGAAGACAAGGAAAAUGUCUUGGAUGAAACACAAUCGCCACAAGGUGUUGAAGGAAAGCCAAGUAUUGUUCCAUAUGUAAGUGCUAUGACGGAACAAAUUUUAUCUGGGGAAACUAUGAGUCAACUUGACGAUAAAUCUUUCACUACAGAAAAGGCACAAGAAGACUUUUCAGCAGUCGACAGCUUAAUUACUACAGAAGCUAUUACCUUUGAAACGGAAAACCAGCUUACUGAAAUUCAACCAUCCACCAAACAAGCUCAUUCUGAGUUUCAGCCAGCAGAAGGUCUGGCAGUUACUACCGUUAUAUCGGAACAGAAAGAAGAACCCUUGGUAAAAGAAGCGCUUGACUUAAAAGCGGCUGAUUCUUCUUUAAUUCCUCAAGAUAUCAUUCAGGUUCAAGAAACUAUAGCACACGAUAACGUCAGUGAGUUUGUUAAGGAAAUUACUGAUGUUCAUUCGGCCACCAAAGUACAAUUAGAGCACCAAAGCUUAAUUAGUACAGAAGCUGUUAUUGGUGAAAGUGAAAAUGUUUUAGCAGAAAAAGAAGAACCGUUAAAACACAUAGCGGAUGUUCAAUUUGAAAAUUUGACAAUAUCUCAAAUUUCCGAGAUAAUUCCAUCUGAAAAGGAAGAUUCGUACGAAUCUGUCAAACCUAGCGAAGGGAAGACAGCAACGUCAGCAAUAGAUGUUCAACCAGUGGCAGAAACUACAGUUACGGAGAUUGAAGAAUCGGUGAGCAGUGUUAAAACAGAGGAAAGUAUUCCAAUGAAAGCAGAUAUUGAGCAAACCACUGUUGAAGCUGUGGUACAAACAAAAACUUUGGUUCAAGAAUCAGAGACAUAUUUCGAUAAACCAGAGCUUGCUUCUAAAAGUGCGGAAGUGACUUUUAUUACCGAUCAAAGUGUCACUGUUACCCAGACUGUUACCAAUGAAGCUGAAUCUUCGUUGGAACCACUAUCUCAACCAGAUGCAAUGUUGGCAUCUACCGAUUGGGAAACUCAUAGUAUUCCUUUGAAAACCGAACACAAGAUAAUGGAUAGUAUAAAAAAUAUUGAUGUAGAAGAGCCUAUAACAGUCAGUGCUACUACUGAACUGUCCACAUUACCCACUGCAGUACAAUCUGAAACUAUAGUUUCUGAGUUGGAAAGUGAUUCACCCGUUCUACAGAAACCUGAUAGCCAAGAGGUCUCCAUAUCUAUAAGAGAAGGUGAGUCUGUUACCGUAGAAACAGUGACAGUUCAUGAAAAUGAAACAGAAUUGUCCAAACUAGAUCUAAAUGAGAAAUUUGCAGCUGCGAAUAUUACUGACGCGAAGAGCAUAGUAUCUCAAUCACAACCUCUUGCUCAAGAAGCAUUAGAUGAUCUUGUUACAGAGUUAUCGCAACAUGGUAAAGCUGCCGAACUUUCAAUUCCUCUGGAUUACGUAACAGUACAAGAACAGAUAACGGUUGAUAACGAAGAGGAACUUGUAUUACCUAAAAAAGCACUUGAAGCUUUGGCUUCAGUAGACUUCGAGACAAAAGAAUCAAUUUCUACAAGGGAAGAAAUAGUAGGUCUAAAAGAAGAUGUACUUAGCCAAUUCAGUUUACCAGAAUUGAAACAGGCACAACCAUAUAUUGACGUUGUACAUAAAGUCGUUGAGCAAAACUUAAGUGAUGUUGUGGAAAGUACUGGUUUGCACAAAACUCCAGUAUUAGAGGAAUUAGUUGCCAAAGAAAAAGAAGAAGUUUUGAAUUCUCUUGUGGUUAGCGAAAACCUUUCUCAAGAAAAAGAAACGGAAUUUACAGGAGAAUUUAAGCCAUUUACAAGUGAAGCUACUAUUGGUUUAGAAGAAAAAUCACAAGGUUUGACUGUAACUGAAAUUAUUCCUCAAGAUAGCGAGGACAUUUUAGAGAAUUUUGCUGCCAAAUCAGGCCAAAUAGCAAAUCUUGAAUAUAAUUUAAUGACAGUUCCUGAACAAUCAGAAACAUAUACGGAAGAUACGUUUAAGAAGCUAGUAACUGUAUCAGAUGAUUCGUCAAUUGCAAAUGUAGAAACUAUACCGUAUAAAGGUCUAGUUGAAACAGUUCAUCAAGUACAAGAAAAAGAAGGAGAAUAUCAAAAAAUUGAAUUGUUAGGAAAACAAGCUGAAGCCAAAAUAGAUACAGAGUCAGCGGUAUCAGCAACGCAAAUUAUAGCAGCUGAAACUGAACAGACUUUAGACAAAUUUAAGGGACCUGAAACCGUUACAGCUAUACCUUCAAUUCUGGAGAAGAAAACUGCUGAAACUACAGAAGUACUAACACACCAAGUAACUGGUGAAGUUAAGUCCGAUGUUAUUGUAACGGCAACAGCUUUACCAGAAUAUAGUCCUUCAGAAGGACUUACCAGAAUUGAACCUAUAGUGGUUGAAAGCAUCGAUGACUUCACUGGUACACUAAAGCUAAAUACUGUCAGUGCUCAAGAAAAACUCGACGUAUUUUCAGAAGUAUCAGUAAGUGAGACACAUACAGAGGCUGUAGCUUCAGAAUUCAAGGUUGGAACAGAUAUGCCUACCGGUAAGGCUGAACCUCUUUUAGAUGCCGUUAAACAUCUACAAGCAUCAGAAGUGCAAACCUCUGAAAAUAUAACAGACUUACAUGUACCAGAAGUAACAAAAUCUAUAGGACAAGUUAGACAUGAUGAGCAUGAAAGUAUUAUUUUACAAGAAAAUAUCGUGCACGAAGCCGAAAAAGAAUUCACUGAUGCUCCUGUAGUUGAUUAUAAAACAGCUAGCAAAACACUUCCGGAAGUAGAUAGUAUAGCUGUAUCUGAAGUAAUGAUUCGUGAAACAGAAGUACCUCUGCAACCUAAAGAACUCGACGAGAAAAAAUCUGAAGUUAGUAUAGUACCCAUGAAACCUCUAACACAGACAGAAGUUGUAACUGGUGAUACAGCAAAUAAAUUUGACUCUGGAAGUACCCUUGUAGAUACUGCAGUACCUUCCCAAGAUAAUUUCGAAAGUAUUACUAUUUCUGAGAAUGUUGUUCAAGAAUCUGAGACAACUUUUGGUAGAGAGGAGGUAGAUAAUAAAACUGCCAAUGUCGAAUUAGUACCAGGAGAGCACGUUUCAGUAAGUGAAAUAGUAGUGAAUGAAAGUGAAGAAACGUUUACAGAUAAGCCAGCUAUAACAUCGGCAGCUGAAAAAUCUUUUGUUCCGCAGGAAGCUGCUCAAAUUACUGAAGUAAGAACAGAUAUGGGAAUAAACAAGUUAGAUGUUCCUAGUGCGGAGGAAAAAUAUGCUUCCAAAGAUCAUAUUCCACUAAAUACCCUUAACAUUACAGAAACCGUUAUUACAGAAACGGAAUCUCGUUUGGAAGUCAGUAAACCUGAUUAUGAGCAGUCUAUAGAUAUAACUUUAGAGAAACCUGGCAAGACAGCUGAAGUUUUACAAGUUUUAACAAGUCAAAGUGAAGCACCUCUAACUCAUGAUAAAUACAAUGAAACACGUGCAUCAUCUUCUAUAAUUGAACAAACCGUAGCGGAAGGAAGAAGCAUCAAAACACUAGAAAAUAUAUCAGAUCUGCCGGUAGAGGAAAAAGUAAUAUUCCAACAAGCUACUUCGCAUCGAGAUGUUGUACAUGGUGUUACGGAAACAACUGUGUUAACACAUGCAAAUACUGAUGACAUUGCAACUAAAUUACCAGAAUCUAAAAUUGCUAGUGAGACAUUAAGUUUGCAUGAAGGAAUAACUAUAACAGAAGUAACAACUCAUGGACAAACAGGCCAAGAAAUUGUAGAAUCUUCUGCAACCGAAACAACCGCUACCAAAGAUAUCGAGCACAAAAGAUCUAUAAUAACUGAAGAAGUUACUUCGUAUCAGUCUCAUGAUACAAUAGAUUCAAUGAAACCUAUUUUCCAUAAAGGUCACUUAAACUAUACCGAUUUUCCUCAACAUGAACUUAUUGUAACGGACCAAGUUUCUUCAGAUGAUAUAGGCUACAUUGAAAGUACACAGCCUACCUCAAAAACUGUGAAAAUUGUAAUGGAUGAAGUAUCUCCUAGCCUACAGAUAAGCGAAGUAGUACUUCACGAACAUGAGGGAACACUGGAGGCAUCCGAUAUACACAAAACACAAGCUAGACACACAUUUGUAAGAGGAGAGGAUAAUGUUGUUGAACAUCUGACACCAAACAUUCAACAACAUACAGACACUGAAGAGACACAAGAAAUCAUUACCAAAUUUAGGUCAGCACCAGAGGGUUCAGAACAUAUUACGGUGGUAGAGCGUAAAACAGUAAUAAGAAACAAAAAAAUUAAACAAGAGAGUGGUGAGGGUGAUGUCAUAAUUGAAGAAGUACUAGACGAAAUUCAUCCCACUAAACAAGAGGGCAAGAAACCAGAAACAACGGUGACUGUACAAGAACUAGACGCACCCGAAGAAAUAACUCCUGAAAAACCGACAUACGUGGUAGAGGAAUUGCCUGAAGAUAUACAAGAAACCGAAGUAGUCACAAUCGAUGGCAAAAAGAAGAAGAAGGUUAUUAAAAAACGAAUUAUCAAGAAGAUCAGGGAUGGAAAAGAAGAAAAAACUGAAAUAGUAACUGUUGAAGAGGAAGGCAAGAAACCAGAAACAACGGUGACUGUACAAGAACUCGAGGCACCCGAGGAAAUAACUCCUGAAAAACCGACAUACGUAAUCGAAGAAUUGCCUGAAGAUAUACAAGAAACUGACGUAGUCACAAUCGAUGGCAAAAAGAAGAAGAAGGUAAUUAGGAAACGAAUUAUCAAAAAGAUUAAGGGUGGCAAAGAGGAAAAAACAGAAAUUGUAACUGUUGAAGAGGAAGGCAAGGAACCAGAAACAACGGUGACUGUACAAGAACUCCAAGCACCCGAGGAAGUAACUCCUGAAAAACCUACAUACGUAGUCGAAGAACUGCCUGAAGAUAUACAAGAGACUGAAGUAGUCACAAUCGAUGGUAAAAAGAAGAAGAAGGUUAUUAGGAAACGCAUCAUCAAAAAGAUUAAGGAUGGCAAAGAGGAGAAAACAGAAAUUGUAACUGUUGAAGAAGAAGGCAAGAAACCAGAAACAACAGUAACUGUACAAGAACUCGAAGCACUCGAGGAAGUAUCUCCUGAAAAACCGACAUACGUAGUGGAAGAACUGCCUGAAGAUAUACAAGAGACUGAAGUAGUCACAAUCGAUGGUAAAAAGAAGAAGAAGGUUAUUAGGAAACGCAUCAUCAAAAAGAUUAAGGAUGGCAAAGAGGAGAAAACAGAAAUUGUAACUGUUGAAGAAGAAGGCAAGAAACCAGAAACAACAGUAACUGUAAAAGAACUCGAAGCACUCGAGGAAGUAUCUCCUGAAAAACCGACAUACGUAGUCGAAGAACUGCCUGAAGAUAUACAAGAGACUGAAGUAGUCACAAUCGAUGGUAAAAAGAAGAAGAAGGUUAUUAGGAAACGCAUUAUAAAAAAGAUUAAGGAUGGCAAAGAGGAGAAAACAGAAAUUGUAACUGUUGAAGAGGAAGGCAAGAAACCAGAAACAACGGUGACUGUACAAGAACUCGAAGCACCCGAGGAAGUAACUCCUGAAAAACCGACAUACGUAGUCGAAGAACUGCCUGAAGAUGUACAAGAAACUGAAGUAGUCACAAUCGAUGGCAAAAAGAAGAAGAAGGUAAUUAAGAAACGAAUUAUCAAAAAGAUUAAGGAUGGCAAAGAGGAGAAAACAGAAAUUGUAACUGUUGAAGAAGAAGGCAAGAAACCAGAAACGACAGUAACUGUACAAGAACUCGAAGCACCCGACGAAGUAUCUCCUGAAAAACCGACAUACGUAGUCGAAGAACUACCUGAAGAUAUACAAGAAACUGAAGUAGUCACAAUCGAUGGCAAAAAGAAGAAGAAGGUAAUUAAGAAACGAAUUAUUAAAAAGAUUAAGGAUGGCAAAGAGGAGAAAACAGAAAUUGUAACUGUUGAAGAGGAAGGCAAGAAACCAGAAACAACGGUGACUGUACAAGAACUCGAGGCACUCGAAGAAAUAACUCCUAAAAAACCGACAUACGUAGUCGAAGAAUUGCCUGAAGAUAUACAAGAGACUGAAGUAGUCACAAUCGAUGGCAAAAAGAAGAAGAAGGUUAUUAAGAAACGAAUUAUUAAAAAGAUUAAGGAUGGCAAAGAGGAGAAAACAGAAAUUGUAACUGUUGAAGAAGAAGGCAAGAAACCAGAAACAACAGUAACUGUACAAGAAUUCGAAGCACCCGAGGAAGUAUCUCCUGAAAAACCAACAUACGUAGUCGAAGAACUGCCUGAAGAUAUACAAGAAACUGAAGUAGUCACAAUCGAUGGCAAAAAGAAGAAGAAGGUAAUUAAGAAACGAAUUAUUAAAAAGAUUAAGGAUGGCAAAGAGGAGAAAACAGAAAUUGUAACUGUUGAAGAGGAAGGCAAGAAACCAGAAACAACGGUGACUGUACAAGAACUCGAGGCACCCGAAGAAAUAACUCCUAAAAAACCGACAUACGUAGUCGAAGAAUUGCCUGAAGAUAUACAAGAGACUGAAGUAGUCACAAUCGAUGGCAAAAAGAAGAAGAAGGUUAUUAGGAAACGCAUCAUCAAAAAGAUUAAGGAUGGCAAAGAGGAGAAAACCGAAAUUGUAACUGUUGAAGAAGAAGGCAAGAAACCAGAAACAACAGUAACUGUACAAGAACUCGAAGCACCCGAGGAAGUAUCUCCUGAGAAACCGACAUACGUAGUCGAAGAAUUGCCUGAAGAUAUACAAGAAACUGAAGUAGUUACAAUCGAUGGCAAAAAGAAGAAGAAAGUAAUUAAGAAACGAAUUAUCAAAAAGAUUAAGGAUGGCAAAGAGGAAAAAACAGAAAUUGUAACUGUUGAAGAGGAAGGCAAAAAACCAGAAACAACAGUAACUGUACAAGAACUCGAAGCACCCGAGGAAGUAUCUCCUGAAAAACCGACAUACGUAGUCGAAGAAAUGCCUGAAGAUAUACAAGAAACUGAAGUAGUUACAAUCGAUGGCAAAAAGAAGAAGAAGGUAAUUAAGAAACGAAUUAUCAAAAAGAUUAAGGAUGGCAAAGAGGAAAAAACAGAAAUUGUAACUGUUGAAGAGGAAGGCAAAAAACCAGAAACAACAGUAACUGUACAAGAACUCGAAGCACCCGAGGAAGUAUCUCCUGAAAAACCAACAUACGCAGUCGAAGAAUUGCCUGAAGAUAUACAAGAGACUGAAGUAGUUACAAUCGAUGGCAAAAAGAAGAAGAAGAAGGUAAUUAAGAAACGAAUUAUCAAAAAGAUUAAGGAUGGCAAAGAGGAAAAAACAGAAAUUGUAACUGUUGAAGAGGAAGGCAAAAAACCAGAAACAACAGUAACUGUACAAGAACUCGAAGCACCCGAGGAAGUAUCUCCUGAAAAACCGACAUACGUAGUCGAAGAAUUGCCUGAAGAUAUACAAGAAACUGAAGUAGUCACAAUCGAUGGCAAAAAGAAGAAGAAGGUAAUUAAGAAACGAAUUAUCAAAAAGAUUAAGGAUGGCAAAGAGGAAAAAACAGAAAUUGUAACUGUUCAAGAGGAAGGCAAGAAACCAGAAACAACGGUGACUGUACAAGAACUCGAGGCACCCGAAGAAAUAACUCCUGAAAAACCGACAUACGUAGUCGAAGAAUUGCCUGAAGAUAUACAAGAGACUGAAGUAGUCACAAUCGAUGGCAAAAAGAAGAAGAAGAUAACUAAGAAACGAAUUAUUAAAAAGAUCAAGGAUGGCAAAGAGGAAAAAACAGAAAUUGUAACUGUUGAAGAAGAAGGCAAGAAACCAGAAACAACAGUAACUGUACAAGAACUCGAAGCACCCGAGGAAGUAUCUCCUGAAAAACCGACAUAUGUAGUCGAAGAAUUGCCUGAAGAUAUACAAGAGACUGAAGUAGUCACAAUCGAUGGCAAAAAGAAGAAGAAGGUGAUUAAGAAACGAAUUAUCAAAAAGAUUAAGGAUGGCAGAGAGGAAAAAACAGAAAUUGUAACUGUUGAAGAGGAAGGCAAAAAACCAGAAACAACAGUAACUGUACAAGAACUCGAAGCACCCGAGGAAGUAUCUCCUGAAAAACCGACAUAUGUAGUCGAAGAAUUGCCUGAAGAUAUACAAGAGACUGAAGUAGUCACAAUCGAUGGCAAAAAGAAGAAGAAGGUGAUUAAGAAACGAAUUAUCAAAAAGAUUAAGGAUGGCAGAGAGGAAAAAACAGAAAUUGUAACUGUUGAAGAGGAAGGCAAAAAACCAGAAACAACAGUAACUGUACAAGAACUCGAAGCACCCGAGGAAGUGUCUCCUAAAAAACCGACAUACGUAGUCGAGGAAUUGCCUGAAGAUAUACAAGAAACUGAAGUAGUCACAAUCGAUGGCAAAAAGAAGAAGAAGGUAAUUAAGAAACGAAUUAUCAAAAAGAUUAAGGAUGGCAAAGAGGAAAAAACAGAAAUUGUAACUGUUGAAGAGGAAGGCAAGAAACCAGAAACAACGGUGACUGUACAAGAACUCGAAGCACCCGAGGAAGUAUCUCCUGAAAGACAGACAUACGUAGUCGAAGAAUUGCCUGAAGAUAUACAAGAAACUGAAGUAGUCACAAUUGAUGGCAAAAAGAAGAAGAAGGUAAUUAAGAAACGAAUUAUUAAAAAGAUUAAGGAUGGCAAAGAAGAGAAAACAGAAAUUGUAACUGUUGAAGAAGAAGGCAAGAAACCAGAAACAACAGUAACUGUACAAGAACUCGAGGCACCCGAGGAAAUAACUCCUGAAAAACCGACAUACGUAGUCGAAGAAUUGCCUGAAGAUAUACAAGAAACUGAAGUAGUCACAAUCGAUGGCAAAAAGAAGAAGAAGGUAAUUAAGAAACGAAUUAUUAAAAAGAUUAAGGAUGGCAAGGAAGAGAAAACAGAAAUUGUAACUGUUGAAGAAGAAGGCAAGAAGCCAGAAACAACUGUGACUGUACAUGAACUAGAGGCACCCGAGGAAAAGACACCUCAGAAACCAACAUACGUAGUUGAAGAAUUGCCUGAAGAUGUUCAGGAAACCGAAGUAGUCACAAUUGACGGUAAGAAAAAGAAGAAGGUUAUUAAAAAACGAAUUAUCAAAAAGAUUAAGGAUGGCAAAGAGGAAAAAACAGAAAUUGUAACUGUUGAAGAAGAAGGCAAGAAACCAGAAACAACAGUAACUGUACAAGAACUCGAGGCAACCGAGGAAAUAACUCCUGAAAAACCGACAUACGUAGUCGAAGAAUUGCCUGAAGAUAUACAAGAAACUGAAGAAGUCACAAUCGACGGCAAAAAGAAGAAGAAGGUUAUUAAAAAACGAAUUAUCAAAAAGAUUAAGGAUGGCAAAGAGGAAAAAACAGAAAUUGUAACUGUUGAAGAAGAAGGCAAGAAACCAGAAACAACAGUAACUGUACAAGAACUCGAGGCACCCGAGGAAAUAACUCCUGAAAAACCGACAUACGUAGUCGAAGAAUUGCCUGAAGAUAUACAAGAAACUAAAGUAGUCACAAUCGACGGCAAAAAGAAGAAGAAGGUAAUUAAGAAACGAAUUAUUAAAAAGAUUAAGGAUGGCAAAGAAGAGAAAACAGAAAUUGUAACUGUUGAAGAAGAAGGCAAGAAGCCAGAAACAACUGUGACUGUACAUGAACUAGAGGCACCCGAGGAAGAGACUCCUCAGAAACCAACAUACGUAGUUGAAGAAUUGCCUGAAGAUAUUCAGGAAACCGAAGUAGUCACAGUUGACGGUAAGAAAAAGAAGAAGGUUAUUAAAAAACGAAUUAUCAAAAAGAUUAAGGAUGGCAAAGAGGAAAAAACAGAAAUUGUAACUGUUGAAGAAGAAGGCAAGAAACCAGAAACAACAGUAACUGUACAAGAACUCGAGGCACCCGAGGAAAUAACUCCUGAAAAACCGACAUACGUAGUCGAAGAAUUGCCUGAAGAUAUACAAGAAACUGAAGUAGUCACAAUCGACGGCAAAAAGAAGAAGAAGGUAAUUAAGAAACGAAUUAUUAAAAAGAUUAAGGAUGGCAAAGAAGAGAAAACAGAAAUUGUAACUGUUGAAGAAGAAGGCAAGAAGCCAGAAACAACUGUGACUGUACAUGAACUAGAGGCACCCGAGGAAAAGACUCCUCAGAAACCAACAUACGUAGUUGAAGAAUUGCCUGAAGAUAUUCAGGAAACCGAAGUAGUCACAAUUGACGGUAAGAAAAAGAAGAAGGUUAUUAAAAAACGAAUUAUCAAAAAGAUUAAGGAUGGCAAAGAGGAAAAAACAGAAAUUGUAACUGUUGAAGAAGAAGGCAAGAAACCAGAAACAACAGUAACUGUACAAGAACUCGAGGCACCCGAGGAAAUAACUCCUGAAAAACCGACAUACGUAGUCGAAGAAUUGCCUGAAGAUAUACAAGAAACUGAAGUAGUCACAAUCGAUGGUAAAAAGAAAAGGAAAGUUAUUAAGAAACGAAUUAUUAAAAAGAUUAAGGAUGGCAAAGAAGAGAAAACAGAAAUUGUAACUGUUGAAGAAGAAGGCAAGAAGCCAGAAACAACUGUGACUGUACAUGAACUAGAGGCACCCGAGGAAAAGACUCCUCAGAAACCAACAUACGUAGUUGAAGAAUUGCCUGAAGAUAUUCAGGAAACCGAAGUAGUCACAAUUGACGGUAAGAAAAAGAAGAAGGUUAUUAAAAAACGAAUUAUCAAAAAGAUUAAGGAUGGCAAAGAGGAAAAAACAGAAAUUGUAACUGUUGAAGAAGAAGGCAAGAAACCAGAAACAACAGUUACUGUACAAGAACUCGAGGCACCCGAGGAAAUAACUCCUGAAAAACCGACAUACGUAGUCGAAGAAUUGCCUGAAGAUAUACAAGAAACUGAAGUAGUCACAAUCGAUGGUAAAAAGAAAAAGAAAGUUAUUAAGAAACGAAUUAUUAAAAAGAUUAAGGAUGGCAAAGAGGAGAAAACAGAAAUUGUAACUGUUGAAGAAGAAGGCAAGAAACCAGAAACAACUGUGACUGUACAAGAAAUAGAAUCACCCGAGGAAAUGACUCCUCAGAAACCGACAUACGUAGUCGUAGAAUUGCCUGAAGAUAUCCAAGAAACCGAAGUAGUCACAAUCGAUGGUAAAAAGAAGAAGAAGGUUAUUAAAAAACGAGUUAUCAAAAAGAUUAAGGAUGGAAAACAAGAAAAAACUGAAAUUGUCACUGUCGAAGAAGAAGGCAAGAAACCAAAAACCACUGUUACAGUACAAGAACUAGAAGCACCCGAGGAGGUAACUUCUGAGAAACUGACAUAUGUAGUCGAAGAACUGCCUGAAGAUAUCCGGGAAACCGAAGUAGUCACAGUCGAUGGUAAGAAAAAGAAGAAAGUUAUUAGAAAACGAAUUAUAAAGAAAGUUAAGGAUGGCAAAGAAGAAAAAACGGAAAUUGUAACUGUUGAAGAAGAAGGCAAGGAGCCAGAAACAACGGUUAAUGUAGAAGAAUUUGACACCCCUAGUGAAAGUGUUCCUGAAGAAAAGUACUUAUUUGUUCCUACUUUACAUGAAGAUAAGAGUGAUUUUACAGAUGAGGAAAUACUAAGCAUUUUAAAGAUUGAAAUGAUUAAGAAAUAUUUAGGACAUCCAUUACCACAAAUGCCACGUGAACUUAAUGUUUCAUUGGGUAAAUGUGCAGUGGUGUUUGAGUAUCCCGAACAAGUACUUAAAGAUAAUGAUGAUGAAGUGGUUACAAGGAGGCAGUUAAAGAAGAAAUUUGGGCGCAAACAGGAAAUAAUAGAAAUUGAUACCAAGGAAAUACCAGAGAAAAAUCCAGAAAGAACUGUAGAGAUAACUGAAAGGCCCAAAACAGAUGAGAUGCGUCAUCCUAUAGCUGCUCUAAUUGAACUGCCGGAAGAUAUUACCGUAGAAGAUGUUAGAACAGGAAGAAAGCCAUCUAAGAAAAUAACAAGAAAACGAAAGCUGUUAAAGAAAAUGGGUAACAAGAUAGAGGCAACAGAAAUAACAAUUAUUACUGAAGAUUCCAAAAAGCCCAUACUAUCAGUUAUCGUAUACGAAUACGAAAUUUCAGUAAAACCAGAUGAAGAUAAACCAGACAAAUUAAAAAAGAAGCCGAAAAUCAAAAAGAAGCCCAAACAAAAAGACGACGACAUACCUUCUGAAGAACCUUCUGAAGAGUUGUCAAGCGUUGUAGAAGAAAUUCCAGAAGAAAGCGUUACAGAGAUCAUUACACCAGAUGGACAAAAGAAGAAAAAGACCACUAAAAAGAGAAUACUGAAAAGGCAAAAGGACGGAAAGGAAGAAAAAACUGAAAUAGUCACGGUUGAAAUAGAAGGAGAAACACCUCAACUUACCGUAACAGUAGAGGAAAACGAAAAAUUAGAUGAGAUAUCAACUGAAUAUUCUCCUUAUGAAAUCGUUGAGCUUCCCGAACAAAUAAAAAUUACAGAGGUUACUGAUGAUGAGGGGCGUAAAAAGAAAAAGGUGGUUAAAAAACGAACAAUUAAAAAAGUUAAAGAUGGAAAGGAAGAAGAGACCAAAAUAAUAACCACUGAAAUAGAAGGUGAAAAGCCUGAAACUACUGUAAUCGUUGAAGAAGCUGAAGAGCCUGAAGAAGAAUUACCGGUGCAAAGGCCAUGUUUAGUGGAAGAAAUGCCCGAGGAAAUACAAGUAGUGGAAAUUACUGCACCAGAUGGAAAGAAAAUUAAGAAACGUACUAAGAAACGCGUUAUUAAGAAAAAUAAAGACGGAAAACAAGAAAAAACAGAAAUCGUUACCGUGGAGGAGGAAGGCAAACUGCCAGAAACUACGGUGACCGUGGAAGAAAUUGAAACUCCCGAUGACGUAGAACCAAAACAAAUAUCCUCUGUUGUUGAGGAAUUACCUGAAGAAGUCGAGGUUGUAGAAAUUACUACUCCAAAGGGAAAGAAAAAGCGAACAAUUAGGAAACGCGUCAUAAAGAGAGAUAAAGGAGAUAAGAAAGAGAAGACAGAAAUUCUUACAGUUGAAGAAGAAGGCAAUGAACCGCAAAUAUCUGUAACUGUUUCUGAAGAAGAUCGCCAAAAGACACGGAAGGAAGUAUCAGUUUUAAUGCCAAUCGAAAUAAAAGAAAUCAAACCUCAAAAAGUGAAAGUGGUGGAUAGUAAAACCGUACCACUUUUAUCAGAUAUAAAACUUAAAAAACGUAAAGUGUUACCCAAGAAAGAGGAAAGAGUCAGAAAGAGGAAAGAACUACCUAAAUUCUUAUUGAAAAGUAGAAUUACCUUCAAGAAAUUCCCUCCACUAACGGAACAUGAGCAGUUACCUCGUAUAUCAAUCCUAGAACCAAUAUAUAGAGAAAAUGGAAUAUUGUCCAGAAAUGCAAAGGAAGCAGAAAAGAUUACAAAGACUAAAAGAAGGAGACUAAGGGAUAAAGAUAUUGACAUGAGCGCAUUAGAACAGCUAGAUAUUGAUAUGGAUGAUUUGAAGAAAUCCAAAUUAGAAGAAUUGGAUGAUGCAUUUAAAUAUAAACGAAAGCCUAAAGACAAGUCCAAGGCUCCUGAUGAACCUAAAAAACUAAAGAUCAAGAAAGGAAAACUACCUGAGGAAAUAGAUGAGCGCGAGGAAGUUAAAUUAAAACCAAUUCCUUCUAAACCGAAAGAAAUAUUAACAGAUCAAGCGACCGAAGAAGAAAUGCCACAAUUAUCUAAACCCAAAGAGAUCGAUUUGGGCGAAGAUGAAUCGAAACUUGCCUUUAAACCAUUCCCAGAUACCACUGACAAAUCUGAGGAAUCCGAAAGUGAAUCAGUUCCAUCUGAAAAAGAAGAUAAGGAAAGCAUAACGCCGAAGCAGAAAAAGACUCCUAAAAAGAAAAAAUCUAAAGUUCAACUCCCAACUGACGAACGAAUUCUUGAAAAAGGAGUUCCGAAAAAACAAGAUGUACCGGAUAGUGAUGAUAUAUCAUUAAAGUAUAAACAAAAACCUAAACCUGAUGAGCCUUCUGAAAAAAUAGAACUAAAACCCUUUAAAAAGGAUAAAAAAUCUAAAGAUAUGAAACCUGACAUAGAUAGCAUAUUGAGACCAGUACAAUUACUAAGCGAAGAAAUACCUGAUGAUGAUAUAUUAGAAGAAAUAACACCUGAAGGUAUAAAACGAAAAACAAUCAAGAAAAGAAUUAUCAGAAAACCAAAGGGUAAACAUAUUGAAAAAACUGAAAUUGUUACUGUAUUAGAAGAAGGUAAACAACCAGAAACAACAGUUACUGUCGAAGAACUUGAAGAACCCGAAGAAGUUGUACCCGAAAGGCCAACAUACAUCAUUGAAGAAUUGCCCGAAGAAGUUCAAGUGACAGAAGUAGUAACCAAAGAAGGUGGCAAAAAGAGAAAGGUCAUUAAGAAAAGAGUAAUUAAGAAACAAAAAGAUGGAAAACAACAAAAGACUGAAAUUGUGACUGUAGAGGAAGAAGGUAAAAAACCAGAAACCACAGUUACUGUCGAAGAACUUGAGGAACCCGAAAAGCCAACAUACACUGUUGAAGAAUUGCCAGAAGAAGUUCAGGUGACGGAAGUCGUAACCAAAGAAGGAGACAAAAAGAAAAAGGUCAUUAAAAAGAGAAUCAUUAAAAAGCACAAAGAUGGAAAACAAGAAAAAACCGAAAUUGUGACUGUUGAGGAAGAAGGUAAGAAACCGGAAACAACAGUUACUGUCGAAGAACUUGAGGAACCAGAACAGCCAACAUACACUGUUGAAGAAUUGCCAGAAGAAGUGCAGGUGACAGAAGUAGUAACCAAAGAAGGAGACAAAAAGAAAAAGGUGAUUAAAAAGAGAGUAAUUAAAAAGCACAAAGAUGGAAAACAAGAAAAGACUGAAAUUGUGACCAUUGAGGAAGAAGGUAGAAAACCGGAAACAACAGUUACUGUUGAAGAACUUGAGGAACUCGAAGAGGUCGCACCGGAAAAGCCAACAUACAUUGUUGAAGAAUUGCCAGAAGAAGUACAGGUGACAGAAGUAGUCACCAAAGAAGGUGACAAGAAAAGAAAGGUCAUUAAGAAGAGAGUAAUUAAGAAACAAAAAGACGGAAAACAAGAAAAGACCGAAAUUGUGACCGUUGAGGAAGAAGGUAGGAAACCGGAAACAACAGUUACUGUCGAAGAACUUGACGAACCAGAAAAGCCAACAUACACUGUAGAAGAAUUGCCAGAAGAAGUUCAGGUUAUUGAAGUAGUCACUAAAGAAGGAGACAAAAAGAAAAAGGUCAUUAAAAAGAGAGUUAUUAAAAAGCACAAAGAUGGAAAACAAGAAAAGACAGAAAUUGUGACCGUUGAAGAAGAAGGUAAAAAACCGGAGACAACUGUCACUGUCGAAGAACUUGAGGAACCCGAAAAGCCAACAUACACUGUUGAAGAAUUGCCAGAAGAAGUACAGGUGACAGAAGUUGUAACCAAAGAAGGUGACAAGAAGAGAAAGGUCAUCAAAAAGAGAGUAAUUAAAAAGCAGAAAGAUGGAAAACAAGAAAAAACGGAGAUAGUAACAGUCGAGGAAGAAGGUAAGAAACCGGAAACAACAGUUACUGUCGAAGAACUUGAAGAACCAGAAAAGCCAGCAUACACUGUUGAAGAGUUGCCAGAAGAAGUUCAGGUGACCGAAGUUGUCACCAAAGAAGGAGACAAAAAGAAAAAGGUCAUUAAAAAGAGAGUAAUUAAAAAGCACAAAGAUGGAAAACAAGAAAAGACCGAAAUUGUAACUGUUGAGGAAGAAGGUAGAAAACCGGAAACCACAGUCACUGUCCAAGAACUUGAGGAACCUGAAGAGGUUGCACCCGAAAAGCCAACGUACGUUGUUGAAGAAUUGCCAGAAGAAGUACAGGUGACAGAAAUAGUAACCAAAGAAGGUGACAAGAAGAGAAAGGUCAUUAAGAAGAGAGUAAUUAAGAAACAAAAAGACGGAAAACAAGAAAAGAUCGAAAUUGUGACCAUUGAGGAAGAAGGUAAGAAACCGGAAACAACAGUUACUGUCGAAGAACUCGAGGAACCAGAAAAGCCUACAUACACUGUUGAAGAAUUGCCAGAAGAAGUUCAGGUGACCGAAGUAGUCACUAAAGAAGGAGACAAAAAGAAAAAGGUCAUUAAAAAGAGAGUAAUUAAAAAGCAUAAAGAUGGAAAACAAGAAAAGACCGAAAUUGUAACUGUCGAGGAAGAAGGUAGAAAACCGGAAACAACAGUUACUGUCGAAGAACUUGAGGAACCCGAAGAAGUUUUACCGGAAAAGCCUACAUACACUGUUGAAGAAUUGCCAGAAGAAGUACAAGUGACAGAAGUAGUAACCAAAGAAGGUGACAAGAAGAGAAAGGUCAUUAAGAAGAGAGUAAUUAAGAAACAAAAAGACGGAAAGCAAGAAAAGACCGAAAUUGUAACCGUUGAGGAAGAAGGUAAGAAACCGGAAACCACAGUUACUGUCGAAGAACUUGAGGAAGCCGAAGAAGUUUUACCGGAAAAGCCUUCAUACACUGUUGAAGAAUUGCCAGAAGAAGUACAAGUGACAGAAGUAGUAACCAAAGAAGGUGACAAGAAGAGAAAGGUCAUUAAGAAGAGAGUAAUUAAGAAACAAAAAGACGGAAAACAAGAAAAGACCGAAAUUGUGACCGUUGAGGAAGAAGGUAAGAAACCGGAAACCACAGUUACUGUUGAAGAACUCGACGAACCAGAAAAGCCAACAUACACUGUUGAAGAAUUGCCAGAAGAAGUUCAGGUGACCGAAGUAGUCACUAAAGAAGGAGACAAAAAGAAAAAGGUCAUUAAAAAGAGAGUAAUUAAAAAGCAUAAAGAUGGAAAACAAGAAAAGACCGAAAUUGUAACUGUCGAGGAAGAAGGUAGAAAACCGGAAACAACAGUUACUGUCGAAGAACUUGAGGAACCCGAAGAAGUUUUACCGGAAAAGCCUACAUACACUGUUGAAGAAUUGCCAGAAGAAGUACAAGUGACAGAAGUAGUAACCAAAGAAGGUGACAAGAAGAGAAAGGUCAUUAAGAAGAGAGUAAUUAAGAAACAAAAAGACGGAAAGCAAGAAAAGACCGAAAUUGUAACCGUUGAGGAAGAAGGUAAGAAACCGGAAACCACAGUUACUGUUGAAGAACUCGAGGAACCAGAAAAGCCAACAUACACUGUUGAAGAAUUGCCAGAAGAAGUUCAGGUGACCGAAGUAGUCACUAAAGAAGGAGGCAAAAAGAAAAAGGUCAUUAAAAGGAGAGUAAUUAAAAAGCAUAUAGAUGGAAAACAAGAAAAGACCGAAAUUGUAACUGUCGAGGAAGAAGGUAAAAAACCGGAAACUACAGUUACUGUUGAAGAACUUGAGGAACCCGAAGAAGUUUUACCUGAAAGGCCCACAUACACUGUGGAAGAAUUGCCAGAAGAAGUACAGGUGACAGAAGUAGUAACCAAAGAAGGAGACAAAAAGAAAAAGAUCAUUAAAAAGAGAGUAAUUAAAAAACAAAAAGACGGAAAACAAGAAAAGACCGAAAUUGUUACCGUUGAGGAAGAAGGUAAGAAACCAGAAACAACAGUUACUGUCGAAGAACUCGAAGAACCAGAAAAGCCAACAUACACUGUUGAAGAAUUGCCAGAAGAAGUUCAAGUGACGGAGGUAGUGACCAAAGAAGGAGACAAAAAGAAAAAGGUCAUUAAAAAGAGAGUAAUUAAAAAGCACAAAGAUGGAAAACAAGAAAAGACCGAAAUUGUUACCAUUGAGGAAGAAGGUAAAAAACCGGAAACCACAGUUACUGUCGAGGAACUUGAGGAACCCGAAGAAAUUUUACCGGAAAAGCCCACAUACACCGUGGAAGAAUUGCCAGAAGAAGUACAGGUGACAGAAGUAGUAACCAAAGAAGGAGACAAAAAGAGAAAGGUCAUCAAAAAGAGAGUAAUUAAAAAACAAAAAGACGGAAAACAAGAAAAGACCGAAAUUGUGACCGUUGAGGAAGAAGGUAAGAAACCAGAAACAACAGUUACUGUCGAAGAACUCGAAGAACCCGAAAAGCCAACAUACACUGUUGAAGAAUUGCCAGAAGAAGUUCAAGUGACGGAGGUAGUGACCAAAGAUGGAGACAAAAAGAAAAAGGUCAUUAAAAAGAGAGUAAUUAAAAAACAUAAAGAUGGAAAACAAGAAAAGACCGAAAUUGUGACCGUUGAGGAAGAAGGUAAAAAACCGGAAACAACCGUUACUGUCGAAGAACUUUCCGAUGUUGAGGCUGAACCAACUAAACCCAAAGUGGCAGGCCGAAAAGAGGUUUCUGUACUAAUGCCUAUUGAGCGCAAAGAAAUCAAGCCGCAAAAGGUGAAAAUAGUUGAGGGCAACAAAGUAGCCCUUUUAUCUGAUGUUAAACUAAGAAAACCCAAAAUUUUACCAAAGAAAGAAAAGGCUGGAAAGUUGCCUAAAUUCUUAUUGAAGAGUAGAAUAACAUUUGUUCAAUUCCCUCCUCAACCCGAACAAGAAAAACUACCUCGUAUUUCACUGCUGGAACCAGUUUACAGAGAAACUGGAAUAAUAUCUAGAAAUGCUAAAGAAGCUGAGAAGGUUGUUAAAACUAAGAGGAGGAGAUUGAGGGACAAAGAUAUUGAUUUAUCAGAACUUGAAAAGCUUGACCUUGAAAUGGACGAUUUGAAGGCGAAUAAAUUGGAAGCUGUUGAUGACGCAUUUAAGCAUAAAGGAAAACCAAAGAAGAAGCCUUCGCCUGAAGAACAACCAAAGAAAUUAUCUAUUAAGAAAGGAAAGAUUCCAAAAGAGGAAGAAACGGACGAACAAAUAAAAUUAAAACCUAUUCCUAAAAAGGUAGAUGAAGGUGUGAUUGAUGAAACUGGUGAACAAACUAUGCCAAAGCCAUCGAGACCAGAAAGUACAGAUGAACAAGAUGACAAUGACAAACUUAAAUUUAAACCAUUUGAGUAUGAAAGAGAGGAAUCUGAGGAAUCGGAACCUGAAAUUGUACCUACUGAUCAAGAAAGUGGCGUCCAGCCUAAAGAAGAGAAGGUGAAAAGGCCUAAAAAGAAGAAGACAAAAGUUACACCCGAGACUGAAACUAUAGGUCUAGUUAAGGGAAUUCCUAAACCUAAGCCAGAAGAAGAGGAUGAAGAAAUAUCUUUAAAAUACAAACAAAAACCUAAGCCUGAAGAUGUUCCAGAGGAAAUCCAUCUUAAACCGUUUAAAAAGGACAAAAAAUCGAAGGAAUUCAAACCUGAGGUUGAGGAUAUAUUUAAACCUUCUCAAUUAGUCACAGAGGAAGUACUGGACGAUGAAGUUGUAGAAACAGUUACUCCAGAAGGAAAACGAAAAAAGACUAUUAUAAAGAAGAGGAUUAUUAAAAAACCAAAAGGUCAAAUACAAGAAAAAACUGAAAUUUGUACAGUUGAAGAAGAAGGUAAAGAACCACAAACGACAGUUACCGUUGAAGAAAUUGAAACACCUGAAGAAAUUGAACCCGAUAAGCCUGUUAGUAUUGUCGAAGAAUUGCCAGAAGAGAUCCAGGUAACUGAAGUUGUUACCAAGGAGGGAGAUAAAAGGAGAAAAGUCAUCAAGAAACGCGUCAUUAAGAAAAAUAAGGACGGCAAAGAGGAAAAAACGGAAAUAGUUACUAUAGAAGAAGAAGGUAAAAGACCAAAAACAACAGUCACUGUUGAAGAAAGUCCGAAGGAAAAAAUUCUGUUUGUGCCUACACUUUACGAAGCAAAGAGCGAUUUUACAGAUGAAGAAAUUUUGAAUAUACUGAAAAUAGAACUAAUUAAGAAACAUUUAGCUCACCCUCUACCACAGUUACCGUUACAGCUCAAUGUAUCUUUGAGUACUUGUGCAGUUGUUUACGAAUACCCGGAAGAGGUAGUUACGCAUGUCUUACCAACUGGAGAGAAAGAAGUAAUAAGAAAGAGACCAUUGAAAAAACCAAAGGGCCGUAAACAAGAAGUAAUUGAGAUAACAACUCAUGAAGUAGAUGAAGAGAAACCUGAAACUGAGGUUGAAAUAACUGAAGGUCCAAAAACAGAAGAUUUGCAUCACCCAGUUGCUGCUCUUAUUGAGCUACCAGAAGAUGUAAGCAUUAUUGAAAUAACCACCAAAGGUAAAAAGCCUUCGAAGAAGAUCACCAAAAAGAGAACCCUCUUGAAAAAAGCUGGACCUACUAUAGAAGCUACAGAGAUUGUGACCAUUUUGGAAGACGGCAAGGAACCAAUACAAAAUGUGUACGUACACGAGUAUACUGAUGUCAGUACUCUGGAACCUGAACUUGUAGUUCAAGAGUAUUUAACACCAAAAAUAACACCAUUCACAUCUAAAACUAUCACUGAGGUAUACACUUCCGAAAAUACACAGGAGGUGGGAGUAGAAGACUCAACAGACUUAACUACAGAAAAGGCUAAGGUUAUACAAGAUAUUCAAGAAUCUGUAGUUAUUGAAACAGUACAAACACAGAAACCAAUUCCGAAAAUUCCAAAACCAGAAGAUGCCACAGAACAAACUAUCGAAGCAGAUGAGGUUGUUGAAACUAUAGAAGAAGAAGCUCCAAAGAAAAGGGUUGUAAAGAAGAAAAUAGUCAAAAAGCCGAAAGGAGAUACACAUGGAACGACAGAGAUUCUUUUCGUCGAAGAAGAAGAAAUUGAAUCUCAAGAAUCUGUCGUACUUCCAGAAGAAGUCGAAGAAUCAGAAGAAGUAAAGGUUAUAGAAAAGGUUGAAGAUGGUGUAACAAAGAAAACCGUUGUAAAGAAACGUGUUAUCAAAAAAGACAAAAAGGGAAAGAAAGAAACAACAGAAAUUUUGACAGUGGAAGAAGAAGGGAAAGAACCGCAAACAUCAAUUACUGUAUAUGAAGAAGAAAAACCAACGGAAGAAAUUACUUACAUGCAAGAAUUGCCAGAAGAAGUUCAGGUAGUUGAAUCCGUUGAAGACGGAAAAUUAAAGAAAACUAAGGUUAGUAAACGUAUAAUCAAAAAACAAAAGGGUAAGAAACAAGAAACUACUGAAAUUGUGACUGUUGAAGAAGACGGUAAGAUCUUAGAACCUACCGUCACAGUUGUAGAAGAGGAAGUACCAGAAGAAGAGUUACUAGAAGAGAAACCAGAGACAGUCAUAAUAGAAGCACUUCCUGAAGAAAUUACAGUUACGCAAGAAGGAUCUAGAAAGAAAAUAAUUAAAAAGAAAGUAUUGCGAAAACAAAAAGGAGAUAAACAAGAAUUAACAGAAAUAUUAACGGUAGAAGAAGAGGGCAAAGCUCCACAAACUUCAGUCACUAUUACCGAAGAACCUGUUGUUGAAGAAGAAACUAAACCAAUGAUCAUCGAACUACCAGAAGAAGUUCAGGUAGUUGAAUCCAUUGAAGACGGAAAACUAAAGAAAACUAAGGUUAGUAAACGUAUAAUUAAAAAACAAAAGGGCAAGAAACAAGAAACUACUGAAAUCGUGACUGUUGAAGAAGACGGUAAGAUCUUAGAACCUAUCGUCACAGUUGUAGAAGAGGAAGUACCAGAAGAGCAAUUACUAGUAGAAAAACCAGAGACAGCUAUAAUAGAAGCACUUCCCGAGGAAAUUACAGUUACGCAAGUAGACACUAAAGAAGGACCUAGAAAGAAAGUAAUUAAAAAGAAAGUUUUGCGCAAACAAAAAGGCGAUAAACAAGAAUUAACAGAAAUAUUGACAGUAGAAGAAGAGGGCAAAGCACCGCAAACUUCAGUAACUAUUACGGAAGAACCUGUUAUUGAAGAGGAAACUAAACCAAUAAUUAUCGAACUACCAGAAGAAGUUCAGGUAGUUGAAUCCAUUGAAGACGGAAAAUUAAAGAAAACUAAGGUUAGUAAACGUAUAAUCAAAAAACAAAAGGGCAAGAAACAAGAAACUACUGAAAUUGUGACUGUUGAAGAAGAUGGUAAGAUCUUAGAACCUAUCGUCACAGUUGUAGAAGAGGAAGUACCAGAAGAAGAGUUGCUAGAAGAAAAACCAGAAGCAGCCAUAAUAGAAGCACUCCCCGAAGAAAUUACAGUUACGCAAGAAGGAUCUAGAAAGAAAAUAAUUAAAAAGAAAGUAUUGCGCAAACAAAAAGGAGAUAAACAAGAAUUAACAGAAAUAUUAACGGUAGAAGAAGAGGGCAAAGCACCACAAACUUCAGUAACUAUUACCGAAGAACCUGUUGCUGAAGAAGAAACUAAACCCAUAAUUAUCGAACUACCAGAGGAGAUAACUGUAACUGAAACGAUAGAAGACGGAAUUCCUAAGAAAACAAUUGCCAAAAAGCGUAUAAUAAAGAAACAAAAGGGCAAAAAACAGGAAGUAACAGAAAUUUUAACUGUUGAAGAAGAAGAUAAACAACCGCAAACUAGCAUUACUGUAACUGAAAUAAUAGCUCCAAGUGAAAUUCCUUUGGAUGAUAUAACAGAAACCGUUGUUGUGGAAGAAACUCCGGAAGAAAUAACAACAGCCCAAAUUACCACCGAAGAAGGUACAAAGAAACAAACAAUAAAAAAGAAAACGUUAAAGAAGAAAAAGGAUGACAAAGAAAUUACGACAGAAAUUUUGGUUGUUGAAGAAGAAGGCAAAGAGCCUCAAGUAUCAGUGGUCGUACAUGAAGAAGAAAUAAAGGAAGUAAAGACAAAGAAGAAAAUUAAGAAGAAACCAAAAGAACCAGAGGUAAAACUUAUAACGGAAGACAAUAUCUUGUUUGUUCCUACACUUGCUAAAAAAGAUACCACUGAAGGGGUGGAAGAAUUGAUUCAAAUUGAACUUUUGAAAAAGGCUUUAGCUCUACCAACAGUAGAAGUUACCCGAGAUGAAAGGGAAGGAGUAGUAAUUAUAGGACAGCCAGAAGUGCUUGAAGAAUUGCCAGAACACAUCCAGAUAAUAGAAACCGAAGACAAACGAGGCAGACCUCAAAAGACAACUGUUAAAAAGAGAAUCUUAAGAAAGAAGAAGGGCGAUACAACUGAAAUAACUGAAAUACGUACCGUGGAAGAACAAGGCAAAGAACCUCAAACCUCUGUUGUGAUCGAAGAAAUUCCAAACGAUGAAUAUCUUGUCGAAGAAGAACAACCAGAGUAUAUGCCAGUGGCAACAGUUAUUGAAAUGCCAGAAGAAAUCGAAACUAAAAUAGAGGAUAACAAGACAAUAAUCGUGAAAAAGAAAGUCAUGAAAAAACGUAAAGGUCAUAAAGAAGAAGUUACUGAAAUAGUAACUAGAGAAGAAGAAGGCAAGAAACCACAGACAUCAGUUGUAAUUCAAGAGAUAGUUGUUCCAGAAGAAAACUUAACUGAAGAUGAAUUAGAGUACAUUGUAGAACUGCCUGAGGAUGUAAAACUGAUAGAAAAGGUCACACCAGUAGGUGUAGAAAAGAGUACGGUCAAACAAAGAACUGUUAAACAUCGUAGAGGUAGUAAGUUGCAAACGACAACCUUAAUAACUACAGAAGAAGAAGGAAAGGAACCACAAACAUCUGUUGUUAUUGAAGAAGACGAUAUAUUUGAAGAAAUUCCAAAAGCACCUUUGGUUAUACCAGAGGUAGUAAUUGAGGAAUUACCAACUGAAGUGAAGAUUGUAGAAACAAUCGAUAAACGCGGAAAACCUAAGAAACAGGUCGUAGAAAAAAGAACUCUUAAAAAACGGAAAGGCAGUAAGGAAGAAAUUAUUAAGAUUGAAAUAGUACAGGAAGAAGACCGAAAGCCUCAAGGUUCAGUAACAAUUGAAGAAAUAGAUACUGAAGAAACAACUUUACCUUUAGAACCCACUUACAUCGAAGAUACUCCUGAGGAAGUAACAGUGAUAGAACAUAUUGACAAGAAAGGUGUACCUAAAAAACAAAUUUCUAAAAAGAAAGUUAUCAAGAAGAGAACAGGCAAUAAAGAACAAACAACUGAAAUAUUUACUGUGAUAGAAGAAGGAGAAUUGCCAAAAACAACAGUGAUCACUGAGGAGCAUGAAAUAACGAGUGAGAUGGUGGAAACAAUUCCUUCGAUAGCACCUGUACUACCAUCAUACAUAGAAGAACUUCCCGAAGAAGUUAUUGUAACCAAAGCACAGGUUCAAGAAGGAGAACAAAUUACAAAAAUAGUAAAAAGGAAAUUUAAGAAACCUAAAGGAGAUAAAGACGAGAUAAUUGAAAUUUUAUGUAUUGAAGAGGAAGGUAAAACGCCACAAUAUAGCAUAGUAAUUGAGGAAGAAUUUGAGGAACCGGAAACACCUAAGGUAAAGAAAAUAAAGAAAAAGAAACCCAAGGAAGAAAAAUUAGAAGAAGAAAUACCGGUCGAAGAAGAAGAAAAACCCAAAAUUAAGAAGAUUAAGAAAAAGGAGAAGCCCGAAGAAAUAAAACCUGUUGAGGAAGAAGAGGUAAUAGAGGAACAGGAAAAACCUAAACCCAGAAAAGUGAAGAAGAAAGUACCGAGUGAAGAGAAACCCGAUAAAAAAGAAACACCUGUAGAAGAGGAAGAAGAUGUACAAAUAGAGGAAGUUAAAGAAGAAGAAAUAGAUAAAGAAAUUCCCGAAGAUGAAGAAAUAAUAGAGGGAGAAGAAACUAAAGAGAAAAGAACAGUAAAAAUCAAAAAAAUUAAAAAGAAACCCAAGGAAAAAGCCGAAGAGGAUAAGCCUGAAGAACAAAAACCCGAAGAAGAGCAACCAGUAGACAAAGUACCUACAGAAAAGAAAAAGCUAAGAAGAGAGCUUUCGGUUCUUAUGCCUAUAGAAAGAAAAGAGAUUAAACCACAAAAAGUUAAGAUAGUUGAAAGUAAAGAUGUACCACUAUUUGGAGAUAUUAAAUUGAAAAAACCAAAAGUAGUGCAAAGAAAAGAACAAAAAGUCAAAAAACAAAAGUUCUUACUUAAGAGCAGGAUAAACUUGAUUGAAUUCCCUCCUCAAACUGAAAGUGAAAGACUACCAAGAAUUUCACUACUGGAACCUGUCUAUAGAGACAACGGUGUGUUAUCAAGGAAUGUCAAAGAAGCUGAAAAGGCUCCAAAGACUAAGAAGAGAAGGCUUAAAGACAAAGAUUACGAUUUUAAGAAUCUAGAACAGCUGGAUCUUGAAUUAGAUGAUUUGAAGAAAAAAGAAUUAGAAAAAGUUGAUGAUGCUUUCAAAUAUGAAGGUAAACCACGAAAAAAAUCAGUCGCUGAAGAAGAACCGAAAAAGAUUACUAAACAGAAAGGAAAAAUACCCGAAAAACAAGAAGUUGACGAGGUAAUUAAACUAAAGGCUGUUCCAGAGAAACCGGUAGAAGAGGAAGAACAACCAGAAAAGCCGAAGAUUAAGAAACCACCAAAGGAGAGUGUGCCUAAGGUGAAAAAGGAGACAGACGAACCAGACAAAAUUAAAUUUGAACCAUUCGACAUUGAUAGAGAAGAGGUAGAAUUAGAAAAACCAGAGCCAAUAGAAUUCGAAAAAGAAGAUGGCGAAAAACCUGUACCUGAGCCCAAAAAGAUUCCUAAAAAGAAAAAGGUUAAACCUACUCCAGAAACAGAAGAGAUCACAAUUAUAAAAGGAAUUCCAAAGCCAAAGGAAGAACCUGAAGAAGAAGAUAUUAAUCUUAAAUACAAACAAAAACCUAAGCCUGAACCAGCUCCAGAAGAUAUUACUUUAAAACCAUUUAAAAAACAGGAAGAACAAGAAGUAUUAAAACCAGAAACAGAUGAUACAAUCCAUCUUCCUAAAAUGCCCACAACUGAAGAAAUAACUGAUGAUACGGUAAAAAUUAAACAACCAACCAAAAAGAAGGUUAAAAAGAUCAAGCCUAAAUCAAAAGAACCCACGUCUGAUGUUCCAGGGGAUCAACCAGAGGAGAUAAUUGUUGAGGAAGAAGAACAAGAAGAGGAAGAGAAAGAUACGGUACCGGAAGUUAUUGAAGAAGUUACUAUAGAAAAACUAGAAACAGAAAUUACCGAAGAAGUCGCAGAAGUGCUUAAGCCUGAGGAACAAGAAGUUCCAGUCGAAGAUCAAAAUACCCAAAUAGACAAAAUAAAGAAAAAGACCAUUAUCAAAAAGAGGAAACAGAAAGAUGUUUUAAAAUCAACUGAGGAAGACAUAGAACCUUCCGAAGGAAUAGUUCAAGAAGUCGAAGAAGAAGAAAUCAUUACAGAAGAAAAAGUAGAACUUGUAGCUGAUGAAACCACAAGUAAACUUCAACAGUCUACUGUAACUGUAGUGGAAGAGCCCGUCAAUCUAGCUGAAAUUAAAUUAAAGAAACCAAAAGCACCAAGAAAGAUUGAACCAAAAACAACCAAAGCUCCCAAAUUUUUAUUAAAGAGCAGGAUAGUUCACGUUCCAUUCCCACCAGAAAAUGAAGCCAAUUCUAUUCCUGUAAUCAAGGAACUUCCUCCUGUAUACAGGGACAAUGGAGUUCUAUCUAGAAAUCUAAAAGAAUCUGAAAAGGUUCCCAAAAAGAAGAAGAUCAGGGUUAAAGAUAUUGAAAGGGAAAUUAAAUCACUGGAAAAACUGGACAAAGAUUUCGAAGAUUCUAAAAAGGGACUCGAAAAGGUUGAUGAUGAAUAUAAAGCACCUAAGAAACCAAAAGAAAAGCCAGAAAUAAUUGAAGAAGAAGCAAAACCACUAAAAAUUGGAAAAGGAAAAUUACCUGAAGAAGAAGAACAAGAAAAACCAGUAAAACUUAAGAAAAUCCCUAAGAAGCCUUCUGAGGAGGAAAAGUCGGAGCCAGAAAAAGUGCCUAAAAAGAAAGAAGACAAACCAAAGUCCGUCAAAAUUGAAGAUGAGGAAAGUCCGACACUAGAACCAUAUCAACUUCAAGAUUUCGAAAAGGAUGAUGUAGAACUUGAAAAGUAUGUACCUGCAGAAGACGAAGAAAAACCAGAUGAAAAACUGCCUGAAGAAGUUACUAAGAAACCUAAAAAGCCCAAAGUAAAACCAAAACCUGAAACUGAAGAAAUCACUUUAGAAUUGGGUAAAGGCAAACCAAAGGAAGAAGAAGAAACCCCUGAAAUUAAAAAGAAAUAUAAACAGAAGCCAAAACCGGAGGAAGUUGUUGAAAAACCUGGACUCAAGCCGUUCAAAAAAGAAGAUGAUAACGAGACAUAUACAGUAAUUGUUGAAGAACCAAAAGAACCCUUAAAAUCCACAGUACUACUGAUUGACGAAGAGGAAGAUGAAGAAGAAGAAAAAGUUACUACAAUCAAAAAGAAGAUUAAAAAGAUUAAGAAACCGAAAUCUAAAGAUGUGAAAGUUGACAGUACUGAGGAAAUAGAAGACGUUCCUACAGAAAGUGAAAUUGAAACACCUAAAGAAACCGAAGAAAUUUCAGAAGAACCGAAAAUUGAGCAAGAAGAGGAACCUGAAAAAUUAGAAGAGGAAGUGCCAACACCUACACUUACAGAAGAGACUGUUGAAGUCGUUAAAAAGGAGACAGUAAAGGUAAAGAAACCCAAAACGAAAAAACCAGCACCUGAGACUGCUGAAAUUACAGAAGCGCCUGUAGAAGAAAAACCAAUAAAGUUGAUGAUAAAACGUAAUAAAGCUAGCAAACCUCAACAACCUGUAAUAACUGAAACAGUUCCAGAAUUUGCUGAGAUAAAACUGAAAAAACCAAAACCGGUUAAGCUGGAGAAAAAACAAGAAAAAGUAAUGCCUAAAUUUAUGCUCAAGAGUAGAAUUAAUUACGUCGAUUUUCCACCAUUAUCAGAAACAGAAAAGAAAGCGAUAAUAACGGAGUUAGAGCCUGUUUAUAGAGAAAAUGGGGUAUUAUCUAGAACUAUGGAAGAAGCAGCAAAGGUUAAACCUAAAAAGAAGAAAGUUACAAGAAUCAAAGAGUUAGAGAAAUUAGACAAGGAAUUCGAAGAAUUGAAGAAAUCUGAACUUGAAAAAGUUGACGAUGCAUUCAAAGAAAAACCAAAGUCGAAGAAAAAAUCUAAACCUGUCUUAAUGAAAAUAGUUAAAGUAGAGCAGGUAGCACAAAAACCGAAAAUAAUCGAAAUAAAAGAAGAACCUAUUAACCUUGCGGAUAUCAAAUUGAAGAAGUCCAGAGUGCCCGAAAAGAAAGAAGAAAAAUCGGUAAAAAUACCAAAACUAAAGCUGAAAAGCAGAAUAAACUGGAUAGAGUUUCCUCCUUUAUCCGAAAUCUUACAACAAUUACAAAUUACAUCAAUUGGCUCUAUAAGAGAAAAUGGAAUACUUUCUAGAAACAUCGAAGAAGCUAAGAAAUUAAAGAAAAUCAAACGCAAACCUAAAACAAAAGAAGAAUCUCCUGAGAAAAUCGAACUUGAGAAAGUUGAUUUCGAAAUUGACGAACCUGAACAACCUAAACCUGAAGAACUUCCAGAACAGGUUAAAUUUACCAGAACACCUAAAGAACCUGUGGAACAAGAAGAGGAAACACCUAUUACUAUUAAAAUCGGUAAAGGUAAAGUUCCUGUCCCCGAAACUCCCGAAGAAAAUGUUACUUUAAAGAAAACACCAAAGAAACCUACACCAGAAGAAGAAGUAGCAACAGAAAAACGUAAACCGAAACUUGAAAAAGAAGAGCUGGUACCAGAAAAAAUAGAACCAAAAGAAAUUAAAGAUAAAAUCGACUUUAAACCAUUUGAUAUCGAUCGCGAUGACAUCGAAAAAGAAGAAUACGUCAAACCUGAGGAAGAAGACGAAGAACCAGAAAAACCAGAAAAAGAUAAACCAAAAUAUGUCAAGAAAAAGAAAACCAAACCUCUUCCAGAAACUGAAGAAACUAUUUUACAGAAAGGUGAACCCAAGAAACCCCAAGAAGAAGAGCCUGAAGAUGUUAAAUUUAGAAUACCUAAAAAAGAUAAACCAGAAGAUAUUACAGAUGGUAUUAAGUUGAAACCAUUCCAAAAACAAAACGAACAAGAAGUUUUCACCAUCACUGAAUAUAUACCGGAGAAACCGACACAAAAGGUAAUAUACAUUAAAGACGACGAUGAAGAAAGUGACGUAGAACUAGAACUAGAAAAACCCAAAAAGAAAACUGUAAAGAAAAUAAAGAAGAGAAAGGAGGGGCCUGUAGAUACAGAAAAGACUUCGGUUGAGGAAAUUGAUGAAGAGCCUUUAGCUACAGAAGAACCUGAAGAAGUUAUUGAAAAAGAAGAAGAAGAAAUACUACCUGAAGAACCGGAAAAAGUUGUUGAGGAAGAAAAGCCUAUAGAACCUGUCAAACCGGAAGAUAAAAAAGAAGACCUGAAACCGGAAACAGAAGAAACUCCUAAAAAACCAGAAAAACUAGAUGAAAUUAAGCUGACAAAGCCUAAACCUAAACCAAAGCCUGUCGAAAAACCUAAGGCAAAGAAGGACUUUAAGCCUAGACUAAAGAGUAGAAUAAACUAUGUAGAUUUUCCACCUACAUUACAUAUUCCCAAAGUUACUGAAAUGAAUACGAUCAGAGGUAAUGGAGAAAUAUCUCGAAACAUUAAAGAAGCUGAGAAAAUAAUUAAAACUAAGAGAAGGAAGUUAAAAGACACCAAAGAAGAAAUGCCUGAUUUAGAAAAACUUGAUUUGGAAUUUGAUGAAUUAAAGAAGCAGAAGCUAGAAGAAGUGGAUGAUUUAUACAAAUAUGAAAAGAAAGAGAAAGAGAAACCUGAAGUACCAGAAACUGUGAUUCCGCUUAAAAAACAAAAAGGCAAAGUACCAGAAAAGGAGGAAGAGGUGGAGGAAAUUAAACUUAAGCGCAAACCUUCUGUACAAAAAGAAGAUGUUGUUGAAGAAACUGUUAAAGAAGUCAAACCCACCCCUGAAGAUAGCAAAGUCGAUGAGAAGAGAAAAGAAUCAUCUCCCGAAAGAAUACCUUUUGAACCGUUUGAUAUAGAAAGAGAAUCUCCAGAAAAAGAACAGUUAGAACUUCCUGAAAUCGAAAAAGAAAAGCCAGAGAAACCUAAAAAGCAGAAAACAAAACCAAAACCAAAAGAACAAGAGAAACCUGAAGUUGAGCAGGAAGAAAUAGUUUUGGUUAAAGGAAAGCCUAAAGAACCUAUUCCAGAAGAGCAACCAGAAGUCAAAUUCAAAAUACCUGUAAAAGACAAACCUGAACCUGAAGAAGAAGUUGUACAAGAAGUGAAGAUAAGUAAAAAACCAGAGGACAGUAAAGUCACAGAUGAACCAGAAAUUGAAAUCACUAUUCCUGGAACCAAAGUUACAGAGGAAACCGAAACAAAAGAAAGAGAAGAAAUUUCGGUUAAAAUUAAAAAGAAAGUUAAGCCUAAAGACAAAGUUAAAGAACCUGAAGUACCUCCAACUGAGGAAGAGGUACAGCCCACACCUAAAGUUGAAGAAGUCGAAGAAACUGAAACCAUAAUUAAACCUAAACCUGAGGAUGAGGAAGAAGUUACAAUUAAAAAACCUAAGCCAAAACCUAAAAAGGAGGAGGAAGAUGAAGCGGAAGUGACAGUUAAGAAAAUUAUUCCUGUUCCAACAGAAGAACAAAAAGAAGAGACUGAAGUUGAAGCAGAAAUUGUAAUUAAACCCAAGCCUGAAGAAAAAGAGGAACAGGAGACUGUUAGCAUCAAGAAACAAAAGCCUAAACCUAAAGAAGAAGAAGAAGAAAGCGUUGAAAUUACCGUCAAAAAGAUUAUACCUGUCCCAGAAGAUAAAAAGGAGGAGGAAGAAGUGGAGGCAGAAGUUACACUAAAGCCUAAACCAAAGGAAACAGUCGAAGAGGAGACUCUUAAAAUUAAAAAGCGUAAACCAAAACCUAAGCAGGAAGAUGAGGAGAAGGUAGAAAUAACCAUUAAAAAACCUAUCCCUGUUGACAAAGAAGGUGAUGAAGAAGCAGUUGAAGCUGAAGUAACGAUAAAGCCCAAACCAGAAGAAAAGAAGGAUGAAAAUGAAAAGUCAGAAGUAGAUGUAGAAGCAGAGGUUGUGCUUAAACCUAAGCCUGAAGAAAAGGAAGAGGUUACCAUUACCAAGCCCAAAGCAAAACCGAAACCAGAAGAUGAAGUUGAAGAUGAAAUUACGAUUAAAAAGGUAGUCCCUGUGCCAAAGGAAGAUGAGAAAGAAGAUACAGAAGUUGAGGCUGAAGUAACAAUAAAGCCUAAACCUGAAGAGAAAGAGGAAGUUACAAUUAAAAAGCCCAAAACUAAACCGAAAAAAGAGGAUGAAGGGGAAGAUGAAAUUACUAUUAAAAAAAUAGUCCCUGUGCCAAAGGAAGAUGAGAAAGAAGAUACAGAAGUUGAGGCUGAAGUAACAAUAAAGCCUAAACCUGAAGAGAAAGAGGAAGUUACAAUUAAAAAGCCCAAAACUAAACCGAAAAAAGAGGAUGAAGGUGAAGCUGAAAUCACAAUUAAAAAAAUAGUCCCUAUGCCCAAGGAAGACGAUAAAGAGGAUACGGAAGUUGAGGCUGAAGUAACAAUAAAGCCCAAACCCGAAGAAGAAGAAGAGGUUACUAUUACUAAGACCAAAGCUAAACCGAAACCAGAAGAUGAAGGUGAGGACCAAAUUACAAUUAAAAAAUUAGUCCCUGUGCCUAAAGAAGAUAAGGAAGAAGAUACGGAAGUUGAAGCUGAAGUAACAAUAAAACCUAAAACUGAGGAAGAAGCUGAAGUCUCUAUUAAAAAGCCAAAACCGAAACCAAAAGUGGAAGAGGAAGAAGAAGCAGAAAUAACUAUCAAGAAAUUUGUCCCUGAACCCGAAGUUGAAACUCAAGAGGAAGUAAAGGUCGAAAUUAAGAAACCCAAAACAAAAAAGAAACCGAAGGUACAAAAAGACGAAGAGGUUGAAGCUACAGUAGAAGUAAAGCCAAAGGUGGAAGAAGAAGCAGAGGUCACUAUUAAGAAAACUAAAGAUAUACCCAAAGUUGAGGAUGAAGGUGAGGACGCAAUCACAAUUAAAAAACACGUACCAGUAAAAGACGAUGAAGAUGAAGUUAAAAUAAGAGAAGAGACAGAGGAAGACGUCGAGUUAACAUUAAAGCCUACUAAAAAGCCACCUGUAAAUGAGGAUGAAGCAGAGGCAACAGUGAAAAAAUAUGAAAUUAUUGACGAUAAACCUGAAGAAGAGACUGAGGAAACAGCUGAAGUAACUAUAAAGAAGAAACCAAAAGAAAAAUCACCUGAGUUGGAAGAUGUCGAAGCAGAAAUUAGAUUAAAACCGAAAAAAGAACCUGAAGAGACAGAAGAAACAGCUGAGAUAAUCGUUAAAAAACCACUAGCUAAAGAGCCUUCUGUUGAAGAGCAAUCUGAAGAAAUUACCGUUCAAAGGCUAAAACCUGUAAGAAAAGCGUCCAAACCAGAAAUUCCAGAGGAAGAAGUUAUUGAAACUGUUACAUUUAGACCAAAAACGACAAAAACAAAAGAAGACGUCGAAACAGAAUUUAAGAUAUCUUUGGAUCAAUACGCAGAAGAGGAAAUCAAUCUUUCUACAAAAGUCAAACUUAAGAAACAAAAACCUUUGACUUAUUCGGAAGAAACUGCUGAAGAUACUGUAAAAAUUACUGAAGAAUUCGAUGACGACGGACCAGUCAUCGAAGAAAUUAUUGAUGAGGACGAUGAAGUUGUUCCUGUAGAUGAUGAUGUCUCAGAGAGUUUCCACAUUGCAUUUAAACGACGACCAUCCAGAAAAUACUCAGUCGUCGAAGAGAAUGAAGAAGAAAUCAGCUUCAAGAAACCUAUUAAACAAGUUGAUUUUGAAGAAGAAGGAAGCUUCACGGUUAAACCAAAGAGGAAGCCAUCUGUUACUUUUGACGCAGAACCAGUAUCUCUCAGCAUUACAAAAGAAAGGGAGGUCGUAGAAGACGUCAUUCAUGAAGAAGAAGUGGAAGUUGGAGAUGUAUACUAUUCUAUUACUAUAUAUGAUGCCGAAGCAGAUCAAGCUAUAGAUAUGGUUGAAGGAGAAAAGGUUUAUGUUAUGGAAAAUCCAGAUUCUGGAUGGUGGCUGGUGAAAAAACAUUUGACUGAGGAAACGGGCUGGGUGCCUGCGAAAAUUUUGAUGAAUGAAGAACAGUAUGCGCAGUAUGUACAAAAGAAAUUGAACGAGAAGAUUGACAAACUUCCUGUAUUUGAAAAACCAAAAUCCAAAGAUAAAGCUUCUGCGCCAAAAUUCAUCAAGAAGUUGAAGCCUAUUAUAACCCCAGAUGGUUACACUGUCCAAUUCGAAUGCAAAGUAGAAGGAUUCCCUCGUCCCCAAAUUACGUGGUUCAGACAAACUCACAUAAUCAAAACUUCCAAAGAUUUCCAAAUCUACUACGAUGAAGAUAACGUCGCUACCCUUAUUAUAAGGGAAGUAUUCCCAGAAGAUGCUGGAACUUUCACUUGCGUUGCUAAAAACUCAGCAGGAUUCGCCUCCAGUACAACAGAACUCAUAGUAGAAGGUCCGUUGUCAUCUCAUGGAUCCGAAUUGACUUCCAUUUCAAGGAAGAGUCUAUCAAGAACAUCUUCCUUGGCUGAUAUAUUAGAAGGUAUACCACCAACAUUCGCUAAGAAGCCUCUACCACAGUGUGUUCCUGAAGAAACAGACGUCGUAGUUGAAAGUACAUUAGUAGGAGUACCACAACCUGAAAUAAAAUGGUUCUGUAAUGGUAGACGUGUAACUGAAAACGUCAGUAUUGUGUCAACUUCUGAGCUAUAUACUUACAAAACCACUCUAAAAAUCAAGAAAAUCAAGAAGACUCAGGAAGGCAAGUUUAAGAUAGUCGCCAGGAACAGGGAAGGAGAAGCCUCAGUAACAUUUACUCUGAAAGUAAUUACUUCAGAGAAAGAAGCACCUGAGGUCUUAUCACCUCUAGAAUCUAUUACCGUAAGGAAAGGAGAACCAGUUACACUUUCCACUACUAUAUUUGGAAACCCGGAACCUACUAUCGAAUGGUUGAAGGAUGGUAAACCUUUAACCAGACCAAAAUUCAAAAAAGACGGAAACACAUACACUUUAACUAUUCCCAAGACAUCUACAGAUGACACUGCUACAUAUACAGUUCGAGCUACCAAUUCUAUGGGUACAAUAGAAACAAGUGCAAACCUAACUGUUGAAGAAUUCCCAGAAAACCAGGAACCACCAUUGUUCGUCAAACGAUUUGAAGAGCAAACUGUACCACAAAAGUCUCCUCUCACCCUCAAAGCCAAAGUGGUUGGCAAUCCUACUCCUGAAGUAUACUGGCUUAGAAAUAAUGAGCCUUUGGAACCAUCCGAUAGGGUAAAGAUCACCUUCGAUGGAGAAAACAUUGAACUAACUAUUAAAGAAACCAAUUCUGAACUUGACUCUGGAGACUACAAAUGUAUUGCUGUGAAUCCAGCAGGCAAAGCCUCGCAUGGUGCCAAGGUAUCUAUUGAGGUAGAUACUGUCAAAUUUACUAAAGAACUGAAAGAAGUUUACGAAACAAUAGAAAGAAAGACCAUCGAAUUAGAAUGUGAAACAUCCCACUCAGUUAGAACAAAAUGGUGGUACAACAACACGGAAAUUAGUGGUAUGGACCAUCGCGUUGUAGUACAAGAUGGACGUACCCACAAACUCAUCAUCAAAAAUAUUACUCAAAAUGAUCAAGGCAGCUAUAAGUGUACAGUAAAGAACCAAAAGACGGAAACCACGGUUAAGGUUCAACAAUGCAAACUAGAAUUCGUUAAGAAAUUACAAGAUUUAGAAAUAACAGAAAAAGAUACAGCUGUGCUUGAAGUAGAAAUCACUUCUGACACAGCUAAUGUAGAGUGGUUCAAAGAUGGUACUCCUCUGAGAGAAACAGAAGACAAAUUUGAUACUGAGAGGUACGGUGGAUUACGAAGACUUCUAAUCCGUAGUACUUCAAUCCAUGACGAAGGAGAGUACAGCUGUAAACUUGUAGACGAAGAAUGUAGAGCUGAUGUAACAGUGAUAGAAUUACCUCCAGAAAUUAUAACACCACUAAGAGACCAAGUGGUUAACAAAGGCGACAAGACUGUCUUCGAAAUAGAACUCUCUAAAGGCGACGCCUUGGCUAGAUGGUAUAAGGAUGGUAAAGAAAUCCAAUUUUCAGAACACGUUCAACUGUCUAUUGAUGGAAAGAGGCAAAAACUGAAAAUCUACAAAACGGAACCUGAAGAUGAAGGUGUAUAUUCUUGUGAAGUUGGAACUCAAUCAUCCAAAGCUAGACUUACGGUGGAAGUACCCAGUUGUACCUUCAUCAGAUCUUUACCAGAAUACACCAUCGUUCCAAUUAAUACCGACGCUGAAUUUGAAGUUGAACUUUCCAAGGAAGACGUUGAAGUUACGUGGUACAGAAAGAAUGAACGCAUAGAAAAAUCUUCCAGGUACUCUAUCUUUGAAGAUCGUAGGGUAAGAAGAUUGGUUGUACAUAAAACUACUAUAGAAGAUGAAUACGAAUAUUCUUGUACGGUUGAAAAGUACCAACUGAAGACUUCAUCCAAACUUAAAAUUGGCGAUAAACCUUCUCCUCCAAGAGGUCCUCUGGAAAUAUCGGGAAUGUCAGAUACAUCAUUUACAAUUCAAUGGCAGCCAUCGGAAAGUGACGGUGGUUCUGAAAUCAUCGAGUAUAUAGUUGAGAUGAAAGAAGCCAAGACCAAGAAGGUCUUUAAGAAACUAGGUGCUACUAAAGGUAGCAUAACCAACUUCGCCAUUAACUACUUGGAAAAGGGACAUGGCUACAACUACAGAAUUACUGCCAGGAAUGCUAUUGGUGUGAGCGAUCCUUAUCUUCCAUCAGAAACGAUCAUUGCAGGAUCCAGAAUGAGAAUUAACUAUCAGUUUGCAAAAACCGAUGAGACACUAUAUUGCUUGCUAGGUAUUUUCCCACCAGCUAAACUCGAACAUAAAACACCACCAUCACCUCCAAUCAACCUCAAGGUCAAAGAUUUGACCAGCAGAAGCGCAACGCUAACUUGGGAACCACCAGAAAACGAUGGUGGAACCGAAAUUACGGGCUACAUCGUCGAAAAGAAACUUGAAUACAUGCCUAAAUGGGAAAAAGUGUUCACAUUGGAAGCCUUCUCCUUGGAAUACACCUUCGAGAACUUGAAAGAAAAGAGUGAUUAUCUGUUCAGGGUGUUCGCAGAAAAUAGCGUUGGACUCAGUCCGCCAGCUACUUCUGAGAUUGUGCAAAUGCGAACACAUGCCACUGUACCUUCUCCACCAACACCGCCACUAGAAAUAAGAACCAUAGGACCCAACGCAAUCGUUGUGGAAUGGGGAAUCCCAGAAUCAGACGGAGGCUCACCGCUUCUAGGUUACAACAUUGCCAUCAGAGACACCAAAAAGACCAUGUGGAUGGAGAUCGGAAGGGUCCAAAAGGGCGUACAGAAAUUCACAAUCAGAGAUUUACAAGAAGACCACGAGUAUAUGAUUAGGAUAUUUGCCAAGAACGAAAUUGGAUUGAGUGAUCCUUUAGAAUCCGAUGAACCGUUUAAGGUCCUUCCAUCCGGAGAUACUGAUCAAGACGACUUCAAAGAAGCAACAGACAAAGAGCCAACGUCUUACAGUACUGAAACCUCUACAUCUUGGUUACGGGACAACAGCAUGGACGCCGACAUCCAUUCCUACUCCAAGGGAACUUUACUGAAGAAAGACGAAUAUUUCUUCCGUAUAUGGUGUUACGCGACAAAACUAUUUAAGUAAACGAGAAGAAUUUCGGUUCUUCUUAGAGAUGUACAUAUUCACUGAUUUUAGGACAUUUAUUUUUAGAAUUUUGAUACUGAUGAUGACUUUUUCGAUUAUACAUAUGUAAAAAAAAGAGCUCACUUAGAUUUGUGCUGAUAUUACUUUGUAAAUUGCGAGCUAAGUAAACCUAAGACCUAAGAACGAAACUCAGCACAAAUUUUACCUUGAGCUACAUGAGGAUACUGUGAUACUGAUAAUGAAUCUACAAACAACCUAAGACGACUAUUAUUUAAAAAAUUUUGAAAUACUUUUGUUAUUUUCAGUAAAAUAUUUUAUGGGCAGUUGUUUUUGUUUGGUUAUAUAUGAUUAAUGUUUAUAUUGUUUAUGCUGUGCGCUAUUCAGAUUUAAUAUUUUAUUGUUAAUUAUAAAAAAAAGGUUUAAUGAAGUCAUUCAAUGUACAGAGAGAAAAUAUAGGUGCAAAACAAGUCCAUGUAAAUGACUUCAUUGGACCGACUUAACUGAAUAAACGAUUAUUGAAUGA